AUGCCGAGUGUCAAGGAUUCAAAAGGUUCGAAGAAAAGUGCCGGUGGUGCAUCCCAGGAGCAUUCUGGUGGGUCAAAAGCUGAUAGAAACAGGCGAAGUUCUCUGAAAGGUAGUACCGGUACUUCGCUUUUCGCUCAUCCCUUGACUGGCGAAACUGUUAAAGAAAGGCAGGUACGAAUCGAAACAAAUAAAUCUUAAAACAGAAUGAAAAAAACUACUUACUUAGAGCGUUUUGUGGAAAAAAAUUAAUAGAAGGGAAUCUUUUUUUAACUCUUUUGCUUCAAUUUCAGUUUACCCCCAUUCGUCAUUUGCCAACUUUUAAGCAAGCUUAGGUAUCAAAGAAAUGAUAAAUCUUGUUAACCUGCUUGUGAAGUUUUUUGUAAGCCGUGUGAACCAUUUUCUAUAGCAAAAAGUGAGAGAAAACCGUGAAGCAAGGAAGCGAAUGAUAACGGACGAGUACAGAUUUCUCAUGGGAAUCGUUGGAGGCUACGUAGAUCUGGAUGUGUCUGCAGUUGAAGAAUUCGUACUUGAUUCAGAAGAGGUAAGUUGAACUCUUUCCCCAAGAUUUUGCCCGUAAUCCUGUGAUUCCUUUUGCAAUAAAAUGAGAGGAGAGGUAAAAGUACUCUAUUUCAGGUAUCUUAAUGUUGUUUCCAUGGUUUUCAUGAAAACGCUGACGCUUGAAAGCUUAAGUUGGGAUAAUGAAAGGUUUUAACAGUACAUGCGUAAGCUUCUUUGUGUUGUUGCCAUGGCAACACAACCAAUUGAAACGAUGUCACAGAUAUCCUCCUUUAUGUAGAUAAAUGUCGAUCAAAAGCUCUGGGUAAUGGGCUCCUGAUGUUGGUAAAAAAAACAUGCAUAUACAGGCUCAUGUGGAAGGUGGUAUCUUUUUUCAAAUUAAGCUGGAAUCUUUGUGUUCUCCAGGAGAUUUGGUAACAGCCAUUCCUCAACAGUCCUGAUCUUAUUUUUAGUGGUUGUUUUCAAGUGUAACUUCCCACACCUCUUCCUUCCCCCUUUUUUCUUUUGUCAAUAUAUUCAGUGUUGAUGGUUCCUGUAAUGGAGGCUAAAAUGACCCAAAACUCAAAAAGCUGUGGACAAUGAGAAUUUGGACAGAAACACAAUUGGGGCAAUACUUUGACUGAAAUUUAACUUCUCCCUAAGUUAGGAUUACUAACUUGAGAAACAAACCAACAACUUCAUGACUAAAGAAGGAUUUGGUCUCUUUUUCUCUAGGCAGUUUACUUGAUAAACAGCUUUUUAAAGCCAAAGGGAAGAAGAUCAUUAAUGUUUUUCUAUCAGGAGGUUGAUCAUGAGGGAAGAAGUCGUAAGUAUUCUCAUGGACCUCUACUAUUUUAAAGCAAUUUAAUGGAAUCAGGAGAUGAAAUUCUGAGAUGAUUUAUUAGAAGGUUAUUUUGUUACACCAAGUGGUGCUAUUGAAAUUAGUAAACCUUUUCAAUCUUACAGUUUGACUUUGUUUUUCAAGACACUGAGGUACGAGCUCGUACUGUAAAGUCUGGUAAAGUAGCAGUGCUGCUAGUAACUAGUGGUCUUGAAGAGAAACUGACUGGGACCCUAGUAUACUGUGUGAAGGCUGAUGCAAAUAAAGAGCUUAAGAUGAGAAACAUUGCUGAUGUAAGUACUCUCCUGGAGCUUGUGAAAAAAUUUUUUUUUUUGUUCUAGUGUAUAGUAAUUCCAGUGAAGCAGGGGUUUGAUUAAAAAAUAAAUAAAUAAGAGGGCUAAAUUUAAGCUAAAGAUUCCAGUAUUUUAAAUUCAGCCAAAUUUCAGAUACAAAACAGUAUGGGGUCUCAGCUUCUUUGUUGACUAGUGAUGUUUAUGUGAUUAGAGUACUCAUAAAACAGAGUUUUAUAGUGUUUUCUGGCUUUGCAGGGUUAAAAGAGUUUUCCUUUUUUUAAGGAAUUAAAUGUUAUUUCAAUGACCAUUGGGUCAAUGUCUGAGUUGAAAUGUGGAUGAAAACAAACAGUAUAUGAAAGAGUGUUCAUGGUUUAAAUUCUUGCCUGCUGGGCCUGGUUUCAGUCAAUGCACUGUACAUCCUCUCAUUUCAUGGGAUGUCAAAAUACAUGAAUUUUUAAGUAUCAGUUUGUCUUCAUUACAAACUUACAGAAACUGUAGAAACUGUUUCUGGAAAUUGUAAUUGUGAUUUUUUAGGAGGCAUGCUUUGGGAUGAUAAAUGCUGGAGAAGCAGGAUCCUUUAUUCCAGCCCUAAGAACACAUCUCGCAAAGAUUUAUAUACCAGCCAUUAGAGCCAUGUCCAGCUGGGGAGAACUGGAAAAGACACCACAAGGAGUAAAAGCCAGUGCACAGUUUGUUGAGUCAUUGGAUGGCUUUGUUCAUUUUAUUGAUGGUGGGAUAUUUGAGAUGCUUAAUGCCAAAAUGUAGGCCAUGUAACACUUUUCAACAUUCCUCAUUAUGUACCACCCCCUUCCUUAGAUAGUGUAGUUGACUUGUUAUGUUUGACAUUAUACUAAGAAAUUAAUUUACAGUAAUUGAUGGGAAGGAGAUAAAUGAAUGGCAAGAAAACUUAACAACAUUCUUUUAGGAUGAAUAUUAAAUUCAAAUCAAAUUCAUAUGUAAAACCACUGCAGCCAUACUAAAAGGCAUUAGAACGUCAUGUUAGUAUCUCAGAUCUAUGGUUGCAAUAAUUAUAGCAAGUUCAUGCAUAAUAAAAGGCCAAUCUGAUAGACAUAAAUUAAUCAAAUGAAAUAAGAAAUAGAUAAUACAUGUAAAUUAAUGAAAGAAUAGAUUAAUAAUAACUAGGAUAGAUAAAUAAAGAAAUCAAAUGGUAUGAAUGUCCCAAGGGGCUCCAUCUUCUCAGCUAUGUGUGGCAGCUUACACUGUCAGUGACCUUUGCCAACCAAACUACCUUGUGUUUCAGCUUUCCUUAAUAUGUUUAGCAUAUAAAAACCUCUAACUGAUCUGUCCAUUGCAGGAGCUCAUGCAGCUCUUAAUGAAGCAAUCACUCUUCACCCAUGUGAGUUAAUUGAUGUGACUGCUCUAGAGGGUCCAGCUGACUAUCAGGCCAUAGCAAACAACCAAGAUAUACUGACUGGACUGGAUGAGCUGGUACACUCCUGGUGCAAACAGAUUGAACAAGUUAGUUCUUAUUCAAGCCUUCUCUACAUGAUUUUCAUAUAUUUAUUUCCUUUGCUCUUGUAGUUGUCUCAAGCAUUUCCUAAAAGAAUCAGUGAGGAUAACUUGGUUAUUUUAGCUUCUCAAAACUAAGAGGAAUCUUUGCACUCAUUUAGGGGAAUAUAACUGUUAGAUCGCAGUAUCCCCACCAUAAAGCCACAUCAAAUAGCUUUCUUCACUUGUUGUAAAUGUUGUAGAUUUGUCAUGAAAAAAGAAAACUCCUAGUGUGGAGAAGUAAGAGAAAUUGUUCAUAACUCCCUCAUACCUCUCAGUCUGCUGACAUAAACAAAACACCUCUUUUCUGAAAAAAGGAUUCAAACAAAGCAGUCAUUUCUCUCACCUUGUCUCUUUUGUCUAAGAGACUGAGGCAGUGGCUUGUUGAAAAGGGGUCUUUUGGAUUGAGAAGAGUCUGCAUGGUUUAAGCUCUGGCUGUGUUCUUUUGGAGCCUCUGGUUACCUGGGAGUAGGAAACUGUUAGGAAACUAUGGAAAAUGCUGAGUCUGUGACUCUCUUGGCCCUAGGAUGAACUCAACUCUCCUCCUGUUUCAUAGUUUGAUUCACAUGUAACAAUGAAAAUGUAAUGUUUUUGUCUCACAGGUGUUAGCUGAAAGUGAACAAAUGCGGAAGGAGGCAGAUGACACUGGUCCUAUGGCAGAACUGGAGCACUGGAAGAUGAGGAUGGCAAAAUUCAACUCACUUGUCGAACAAAUUAAGGGCGCUGAGUGUCGUGCAGUCAUAAAAAUACUCCUUAUCGCCAAGUCGAAAACAAUCAAGGUAACAAAUUGAAUCUCUUCAACAAACAUGUAAAUGAUAUGGGUUUUUACCACAUGGAAGAUCACUCAGUCUUUUGAUUGACCUUUUUGUGGCUUAUUAAAGAUGCAGGUUUGUCAGUAGUCAAUUUAAAUACUUACAGAAAACUUAGUGACCAACCUGUAGUUUGGACUUAGACUAUACCUUGGUUUAUUGUUAUAGACCUAAAGCAAAGUAUGGCAAUAGUGCUUACCAAACAUAAUGACUCAAAAAGGCAAUUAACAAGAACUGUAGAAAAACAAGCAAACUUUAAAAUAAAGAAAAUGUUAUUAGGUUGAGAUUGGUGUUAGUUUUGCCUAUAAAUUAUUGUGUGAAAGGGUCUGGUUAUUAAAGAGAAAAUUCAAAAGAGAAUUUGAUAUAUGUUUGUGGGUUGCCUUGUACUCUAUCAAAGGUUUACCUAUCCUAAGCAGUGUCUUACACAUAUUGGUAUGUAACUCAAUAAUCUUACUUUGUUGUUUUCUAUGAUGGCAGUUUUGGCGUGAGCUGGAUUGCCGUAUUACAGAUGCAGCUAAUGAAGCCAAAGACAAUGUUAAGUUCCUCUACACAUUGGAGAAGGAAUGUGAUCCACUCUAUCAUGCAGACCCGGUAAGCAACAAAUUUAUUUUCAAUGGAGCCUCAUCUGGUUUCUUAGAAUCAUGUGUGCCCAAUUGGCACAUCAGGCCUGGUUGUUCAAAUAAUGCUACCUGCUUGAUAAAUCUCUAUCUGGUGGAUAGUGUCAAAGGUUUUGUUAUCACUUAUCCACUAGAUAGCGACUUAUCUGUUGGAUAGUGUCAUUUGACCUUUAUACAACUGGGCCCAGGACAAGACCUUAUUAUAGGUCAUUGGAAAAGUGUCUGUGUUUACCCUAAAAUUGACUCACCUUGGAAACUGUGAUUUUCCUCAAAGGUUACCAUGAUUGACUGCAUUCCAAAACUAAUCAAUACCAUACAGAUGAUACACAGCAUAUCAAGAUACUGCAACACCUCUCAAAGGAUGACAUCACUUUUCAUAAAGGUAACGGAGGCACUUUAAUGUUGCUCUUGUGGGUGUGAGAUUUUGGUUGCAACCUUCAUUCAAAGGGAAAUCAAAACUUCGGUGUUCAUCAUAUUGAAUUAAGGGGGUAGUUUUCUAAAGAAGCUGUGGUGCUGCAGCAGUUAAGGGUAUUGCAAGAUAAUUUGGUUUUAUGAUAAAAUGAGGUGACAAUGAAAAUUGGCCACUUAAUCCUUAAACUCCCAAGAUCUCAUUAAUAAUUCUCCUUACUGUCUACCAUGCAGUUCUAGUGAUGAUAAUUUGGAGAAUUUGGGAUUGAUUUAAUUUAUUAAUCCCCUAAUUGAUAUUUUUCUUUAUUCUCAUCAUUUGCUUGCUUGAUAUUGUAUUGAUAUUGUAAGGAGAAUCUCUGUCUUCGUCACUCAUGGGAGUUAAAGGGUUAAAAGAGUAUCUUAUGUAUCACAUUGAGGAGAAUGUACAGUGGAAUGGUUGUAUUUUCCCUAGUUUUGACAUUUUUAUUUCAGUCCAUACCAAUAGUGUGGAAGCAAAAAAUAUUUAAUUGAUUUGGAUCACGAUUCUUUGAUUGAUGAUCAUGAUCUCUUCUUAAGCUAAUUUAUGCUCUUCUUGCUGCUAUUUUCCAGGUAACAAAUCAAAUGGUUACUGCAUGUAAGAACUACUUAACUGAUCGAGGUGUGAAUCGUGUUUGGGAUCAACCUAGACAGCCUAUGAUAGAGAAGCUGAAAGCUUGUCUGAGAUUAAACCAAGAAUAUCAAAAGUGUUUCCAGCGGACAAAGAAGCGAAUCGCUGAGGACCCAACCAUGAGACCAUUUGAAUUUUCUGAGAUGUACAUCUUUGGCAAAUUUGACGCCUUUUGUAAGCGUUUGAAUCAGGUGGGUCCUGCUUUAGUUACCUUUCAGUGACGAACCUUUGGGUGGAACAGGCCAAGGGAGGAGGAAUGGAAUCCUAGAAGAUUUUUUUAAAUAAAGCAAUGUUCAAAAUUAUGUUCCAUGGAACUUCGACCAGAGCAUAAUUUAGGUAAGGCAUGGUGCAAUAAUACUAGGCUCUUUGGGACUCCAGAUCAAGGUUUUUGGGUCUCAAGUAUCAUGCAGUGAAACGAAGAGAGGAUAAAAGAAUUCAAAUCAAACGACUAGAUCUUAGAGCCUGUUUCAUUUUGCUAUUGCAGAUCAUAGAAGUGCUGGAUGCAUUGGAAACUUAUUCUGUUCUGUCAGAGUCUAAGAUAGAGGGAAUUGAACCGAUAUCUAACAGAUUCCAGUCAAUGUACUCGGCGUUGAAGAAAAAGCCGUAUGACCCGUUGGAUCAUAGGAAGCCGGAUUUUGAGGCGGAUUUCACUGAAUUCAGGCGACAGAUCAGCGACUUUGAGGUUUGUGAAACUCUUUCCUUUCUCGUUUGAUAGAUUAUAGGUGUCAAUAUUGACUAUUUUAUCUUGACAGAAUCACUUAAAAAUGUUUAUGAGUGGCUGCUUUGAAAAGAUUGUCUCAAUCUCACAGUCUUUGGAUCUGCUGGGAAGGUGAGUAAUUUUUCUUAUGACUGAUAUGCGUACCUUAGAGAAUUUCUAAGUGGUCGGUGGUAAUAUUAGCUCUUACAGGCUAAAGAGUCCCAUCAUUUUAAACCUCCUAAGGACAAGGUGAACAUUAUUUCAUCUAUCGCACCAGAGAUCCGAGAUAUUUAUGGCAACACUACAGUAAAGGCGAACUGUCGCCUUUAUAACGGUUGAAAGCAAUGUUCUAGUGAGUAAAAAGCUAAUAUUUUUGGCCUUUCAGAUUUGGGAAGCUUGGGAUUCCCAGUCUGCAGGCAUAUAUUGAAGACCGUUAUGCCAGUCUUCUCCAUCACUUUGGCAAGGAAGUGGAAGCUAUAUCCAAGGUAUGGUCCAUCAUUGCUAUGAUAUGGAAAGUUGUCAUUUAAAUUGUCCUUUUUUGGUCAGGUAUGAUUAUGGCUCAGCUUUUUUCGUGCUUUAUUAUUUUACCACGUUAUCAAGUCCAUGUGACAAUUUUCCUAACGAUCAGGCGUUUGUGUCAGAGUUUAAGAACGUCCUGAUUGUCACACGUAGUAAAAACUGCUCCAUGUAAAGCACGAGGCAAAAAAUGUUUGUCCUUAAUCAAGACAUGCGUGUCACUGGUUGCUUUAAAUUGUAUUGCAGAUGUACCAGCGGCACUGUGAAAAUCCUCCUUUGCAUCGCGAUGUUCCUCCUAUCUCGGGUCGCAUCAGCUGGGCACGGCAGCUCAUGAGGCGCAUACGGAAUCCUAUGAACAUCUUUGAGCAGCACCCAAGCUGUUUAAAAACGCCAGAGGCAUAUAAAAUAAUUCGCAACUUCAAUCAAUUAGCGACUGUGCUGGUCGAGUUUGAGAUUCUGUAUCACAAGGGCUGGCUUAAGCAAGUAGAGAUAGCCAAAACAGGUGUGUGGCUAUGUUAGAGUUUGUGACGGUCUACAGCAUUUGGGAUCAAUGUAAGUAUCUGAGCAACUGUACACUUACUUCUCCCCUAACCCAACAACAAUCAGUUAAUAACAAAUUAGGGUUAAUGUUGGGUUAGGGGAGGGGUAGGUGCGCAGUUGCUCAGAUACUCAGUACAUGCAAACGAUACAACUUUGGUCGCGGCAACAGAAAAUAAAUCUCCGUCUUUUUUUUUUUAGUUUUUCAUAUUUCUUUUGCUCCAUGGCUCUUAGUUGUUACGUCGACUAAAUGAUAAGUGGAAGACCCAGCUUUUGAACGGGUCACAGGAUGACUACAAUGCUCUCAACUGGAAAAAUUAACAUCGCAAACCAUUGUCUGCCUACCUAGUACAUUGUUGCUUGAAUGAAUAGUAACCCGAAAAGUCAGUACGCCUUCAAGGAGAAAAACAAAUGCCAUACUAAGUUCCAUCGUGGGAAAUAAGUGCCUCGUUAAUGACGUAGUUCAAAUAGAUGUGUUAUUAAUUUUCUGAAAGCGAAAAAUGAUCUUUUCAUAUUUCAUAUUUUUAGGACUGCAAGCAUCACUGCUAGUGCGACAUCCGGAUACGGGCGAGCUGUAUGUAAACUGUGAUCCUCAGUUGAUACAAUUGAUCCGUGAAGCUGAGUACAUGAUGAAGCUUAACCUGCCAAUACCUGAGACGGCACGUCUGAUAUUCUUAAGAAGGGAUAUUAUUAAGACGGUGGAUGGUAACCUAAAGGUUGGUGAUUUAUCAGAAAAGUAUAUCGAAGUAAAUCUAUGACAAAGUUCUCGAGCGUGAUUGGUUUUCACCAGCCCGAUUUGUAAGGGUAAUAGGACUGAGUGGAAUUCAAGUUGGUUUGUAACUGAUACGAGUGAUUAACAAAAUCGGACGACCACGAAGCGGGAGUCCGAUUUUUUUAAAUACGAGUAUGAUUACUGACAGAACUGGACAGCACGAAGUCCUGUUACCACUUAAUCCAAACUAUGACAAAAUUUGAGAAACAAACUAGCCAUUGGUGAUAUGUCUUCAUGAAACAACGGUUGAAUCGGCUGAAUGCGUGACCACAACACGCGUUCGUGACACGUACUGUCUACUUACAGAGGCAUGAUGCAUUCACUGACCAACAACACUGUCCAAUUACAAGUAUGACGCGUACACUGUCCAGUUACAAGCUUGACACGUACACUGUGCAAGUAGUGCUUAAAUCGGGCUGGUGAUACAUCCCCGAGAAAAGUAAAUUAGUCAAGACACAACAAAACUGAAUGUACUUCUUGACAUGAAACGGAAAAGCUUUUCUUUCCAGUGAUGUUACUGAAUUUAAUCAUUGUAAAAAGCAUGAAAGAGCACGAGGGAAAAUAUGGUUGUCUCGAGACAAAUACCCAGAAUCUCUAUAGUACAUGCACCUUUCAUUCACAGAUGAUGCUGGAAGAUGUCAAGAAAGUUCGCGCAAAGAUCCCAAAUAUCUUUAUGCCUCUGAUGCUACCCCACAUGCAAAGAGUAAGUUUACUAAUCUAAUUGCAGUUUCUGUUGUACAAUGUUGAGACAUAUUUACGUUAAUUUUUGGUUUUGUCAAUUUUGCCCCGUUUAAAGAAAAUCGAAUGUACACGAGUCAUUCCAUUAUAAUGUUGAAAGUGUUACUAGAUAAUGUAGAAACCCACCCAAAGUCUCGUCAGUACUCUUUUCACGCUCAGGUUAAUGGCAAAGCGGUCAUUAUCAUAUAUGCGAGUCUCUCUUACAAGUUGAAAACACGAGUGAACAAUGUUUUUUUACAUUUAAACUAGCUUUAUAGUAAGCUUGAGUUUAAUCCUUUUGGCCUUUGGGCUUAAACCUUGAAAAGAAAGUUUUGUAUAGCCAUAAUUAAGCAACUUUGUCUUGGCAGUGUAGAUGUCAAACUAUCACACGUUCUUCUUUGAGAAGAAAAGAGUCCCCUCUAUGUUCUUUUUAGAACAAAAUUUGCUAGUGAAGAUGAGUUAGCUUGGACACAUGUCAAGGAAUCGUUGAGAGUUUAAGGGAAAUCUCCCUCGUGAGGUUUUCUACUGCACAAAAUCACAUGGCAAGUUUUUCUUUGCUAGACCAUGUAUCGAAAAUAAUCUUUCUUCAACGAGUGUGCUUGCCACGGAAAUAAAUGCAAUUGUAAGUAAGAUUUAAGAUUUAAAACUAAAACGUUAACUGAAUGUUUUCUUUUGGUAGGUGGAGGUAGCGAUUAGUCCUGGUGUGACCAUGCUAAAUUGGAAUUCACUCAACAUACCUGCUUACAUCUCCAACGUGUACAGCCGGUUACGAGAAGUUGAUCUGCUGGUUAAACAAGUCAACGAUAUCCGUGAUGCACGCAUCGAUGCAGUCCUGAAAGAGAUGAGUGAAACUGUGUUUUGUGAGCUACCUGGUGACGACCCUUGGACCAUUGAUGAGUUCGUAACAGAAACGCAAGUAAACUCGCUAUGAUAUUUACCUUCAAUAACGUUUUACUUAUUAGGAAUUCCACAAAAUAAAGCAUUGAUUUUGAAGUGGACUUCUUGGACUCCUUGACUAUAGUGUAAUCGACAAAGGCUUUAAUUUCCUGAUUGACUGUUCAUGACUAUUAUAUACAUGGCCAAAAUGAAUACGCGGGAGAACGUAAGGACCGCGUGGUGACUUGUAUCAAUUUUGCAUUUCAUUGGUUGGGUUAGUGGCGUCAGAUUUUUAAGACCAGUUCCUGCAGAUCCAAGAAACGAGGAAAAAAAAAAACAAUGCAAACCCGACCGAUCACUUUCGCCUGUCUUUUGCCUCCAAUGGCUGUAAAGAGGAGAUUGCAUUUGGAAGAUUUAUGCUAGAUCGUAACAGAGAAUUUGUUUGUCAUUUAAGAAACGCUGCGCGCCUCUUGGAAAGGUUCUGGAUCAUAUGAGCUUGUGCGUCGAAGAGGCUGUUCACGAGUUGGCCAGCAUUUUCGUAGAAAGCUUGGAGAGGAUUGGUGUUUCAGCAUUGGGACCCAGUUCUCCGUCUGCCAAGCCCUCGGAGAGAGACAAAGAUCGCAAACUGGAAAGCUGCGGAGAGAACAACAAAGAGGGGCAGAGAGAAAGGACACCCAAAGUACCGGAUGAGAAAACUAUUGAUGAAGAAAUUGAUGAGGUGAUUUUGUAUUUUAAUCACCGCAAUUUUAAGGCUCUUUUACGAGCCACAAGGAACGCUCUGGAUGGUUUGAAACGCAGACUGUUUUGUACCAAGUAAGUUUAAUCAAAAUUAUUUUAUAUUCUUCUUAGUAUGUACAAUUCUCUGCUGCAGCUUCAGUACUGUUUGUUCCUUAUUUGAGACGUCUCGAAAGUGUCAUGUUAAACGAGUCGAAUAGUGUGACAAGCAGUGUUACCGAACAAUUCGGAAUACGGAAUGCGAAGAAAAUAAACCCGUUUGAAGCAACAUUUUGCUCUUGUAUUGUAGUUUUGAGUUUGCAUGAUUAUAGGCGCAUAUUUCUUAAGAAAAUAAGAACCUUUUAAGACCCUUUAAAAUCUUCCUUUUCAAUAUAUCGUACGCCGGCGAAUGAUGACUUUACAUGCUUGUUUCACGACGGCAUAAAACUUAAACUGUAAUAGCAUAGUUUUACCGCCAACAUCUAUUAUGUAAGAACCUUGUUAGGUUUACUGGGAUGAUUUUACUGAUGUUAAAUCUAUUGUCUUUGUUUCAUGAUUCACCUUUUUAUUUUUUCUGUAGUACAACACGCUCAACAUAUGGUAAGGGGACGUUUUCGCUGUCCAGUGAUUUGCCCGCAAACACUUAUAACAAGGCUCCUUUUUUCAAGGCAGAUAUUUCUCUGGUCAUUCCACUUGUGGUAAAUAUUGAUUAUCGAACCUUGAUACCAUGGUUUUUUUUACGAGUUCGCAUAAUCGUUCGGAACUGGCGCGUUAACACGAGUGAAAGUGCGAUAUGGAAUCAAAACCACGUGAAUAAAAACGACAUUAGGCCGUUGAGGAGUGAUAGUUUGCUUAUUUUAGUGUAUCCUUAAAAGAUCCAAUAUUUCAAGGGGAACAUAUGAUCCAGUACGCUAUGAUCGCUGUAAUGGUAGUAGAUUAACGUGCCGAAAUGAUUUGUGUUUUCCUUCUUGCAAUCAGCCGUCUGAACGCGAACUGUUCCUAGUCAGCGAUGAACAUAAUUGUUAUAAUAAUUGGUCCAACUAAUUUAUUACAGUCUAAUUUAUUGGGAAAUUCGACCAGUCAUUAUUAUUUACCACUGCCUCAUUGCGUUGUUUCCUUCAGUAGCACUGGAGAAAAGAAUUGUGAAAAAAAUUAACCUAAAUUGCAGUGUGAUCUUUUAUGAGCUUGUAAAUGUCAAAGUUAACUGUUAAUAUGAACUUCGUCAUAAUUAUUAGAAGAAAUAUUUCACACCACCCUUAUCUCUCCGCACAGGUUGUACAACCCACCCUGGACGAUGUCCAACAGGCCCUUAACAAAGCAACCCAAGCGGUGCUGGAUGUUACCCGGUCUGUGGCCCAGUGGGGGCAGAAGAGGUCUAAAUGCACGGAAACUAGUUCUGCACAGGACGACGGUGCUCUUGGGCACAUUAAACGGACAGUUCGAGCUAAUGAUUCCAGUAAGUGUCUUGUUUAAAUUUUAAUACCGGGCGUGUCUCAGCUUAGAUAUGUCAGGAGUGAUCGUCUCUGUGUUUGUCAAUGAAGGUAUGUUAAGGUAUGUUUGGUUUUGCAUGCAGCGGAGGAGAUUCCAGCAUCCAAACUUAAGAACUACUACAAGAGCGUUGCAGAGCACAAAGACAUUACUAAACUGCUGAUGGUACUUACUUCAGUGAUCAGUUCCACCAAGGCCGAGGUGAUGACAUGUCUUGACUCGUUCACACAGUUUCACCACGUGUGGGAUGAAGACAAAGAAAAGACUGUAGCUGUAAGUACGCGUUUGCAUCAAGGUCGUUCUAAAACUAAUCAUUCUUGUAUCAAAGUUAUAGAUUGUCACAUCUGCGCUUAAGUUUAUCGCACAAUUAGCUAAACUCUAAAUAUAGGAAAACCUCCAGGACAUAGUCCCCUCAUUUCUCUUGAUGCUGGUCGAGUGGAUUCGUCUCGUCAAGAAUCGUUACCAUCUGUGCAAUUAAUUAAAUCGGCGUAUGGGAUUCAGGCAGACGCUCCAGGGAUGUUUCACUCAUAGAUUCCAAACGUUAGAGUAACUUUUGGCUGCCGUUACUGAGAUAUCGAUAUAUGCUGAUUAGUAUAUUGUUUUUUUUCCUUCUCCGAGCAUAUCAUGCCCACGUUAAGGAAGAGAACAAAAUACUGACGAGUACCUGUUCCUUGAUAAGCCAUCGUACAUAAUUUUCUGAAGCCAAGUCGGGCACACUAUUGUCAGCAAAGGAGAGGAAAAAUUGGAAAUAGACAAACUCUCUUGUGACACUUCAGAAACAUCAACCUUCGUCAUUUUAAAGUAAUUAAUCCACUUCGCCUUUAGCCAGGUUGGCACCGUUUGAAAAUGGAGUAAACGUUUAUAUUUAAUUGUAGAUUAGAAAUCUUAAAACUAUCGAAUGCUCUCUCAGACCAAAGAAGUUUAUUGUGCACCUGGCUAAGUUAAGACUUACGAGAUCUUAUGACAUGACUUGAACUCUUAAGUUAACUGUCAGACCAAGGGUCUGUUUCUCGAAAGUCCUGGCAUAGGCAGACCACACUAUGUGUUUGUGGUUAUUGUUGACAUGAGACGAACAAAAUCUAUGAGAGUUAGGAAUAAGGCUCUGAAAAUUGCAUAUCUUAAUUACAUCUCAGUCUUGAUGUCUCAAUAAUGUUAAAUGAAAUGUUAAUCGACGCAUUUGUGGUAUUUUUUCGCCUUCAUGAGCUGUUUAAAGCGUCUUUUUACGAAAUGACUUUUGGUUGGAGGCCGUCAAGAGAAGAGAAAGAGUCUCCCAAAAUUUAAAGAAUAGAAAAGCAUUUUCUGGUAUCCCAACCAGUUCAUCUGCUUUCUUUAAUUGAUGAUUUUAUAGAAUAAUUCUACAAAACUUUUGAAACACCCAUCUUGAAGGAAAAGAGUAACAGCUUAAAGGGCCCGUUAGGUUACAGGGACUUUCGAGAAACGCCGACCUAGUGCAGUUGAAGGCUUGCAACCCGUAGACCUGUUCUAACUGUGUGGAUAAUCUAGUAUAAGUAACAGUGUGGCGUAAUUUUCAGCACAUACUGAAAGCCUUAUGGUAGUGACAAGAACCCCAAAUCCCGUGAGAUACGAUUGGUGCGUAAGAGGUGAAUGAUGCUGACUGAAUUGGAUACUCUUCCUUCGUAGGAUUUCGUUGCUUCGGAUCCAAUUUUGUCAGAAUUCAAAUCCGAGAUCUUGAAAUAUCAGGUUAUAGAGCAGGACGUUGAAAACAUUGAACCUUCCUUCAGAGUGGGUCACGGAGCUAUUGAGUUAUUCUCAGGUUAGACUGCUUGUAAUAAGAACCUUUUGUUCUAGGUUUUCUAUCAUCAAUCUGAAACCUCUCAUUAGCACUAACUUUUAAAUUGGUUACAAUGACUGUACGAUUUCCCUACGUUUUUCUGCAGAACCGUUUAAGCUCGCCUUACGAGUGGAGCUGAAAGCAUGGAAGCUUCUUUUUGGCCACAGCAUCAAUAACAAAUACAAACAUAGCAUGGACGAGAUCACACAAUUCGUGUCAGAUUACAGCAAGCGGCUCGCCCGACAGAUCAACGACUUGGAAGAUGUCAGGAAUGCUAUGGCUGCCUUGGAAGAUAUCAGGCAGAAUGAGAUUCGAAUUGAUAUGAUCCUUGGUCCUAUAGAGGUACUCCAUUUACUCAAAUUUACCAUGAAUUGAUUAGUUCACUCUCUGGGAUUGAUCGUUGCUUGUGAUCUGUCGUAAUACAGACAUGCGACAGACGUCUCAGAAAUAUUAUUUUCUUUGUUUUGUCAAUAAGAGCUUCGUUUUGAAAAGGGGUUUGCCAAACUUUUCCAAGAAAAGCUCAGCAUAAAUCACUUGCUGAUUUGAGAAUGCUUCAGAGUGGAAAACUGUUAGAUCAGUUAAAUGUAUUGAGGCAAAUUAGUGAUGUUAAAUCAACAUCUACUAGCUCGUGUGAUAACUAGAUUUUCAUACCACAUUUUGACGUUGUCUAUUAUCUAGAACUGAACUGAUACAUUUGAUUGUUAGCUCCGGCUGAAUGCUCGCUUUUUUUCGGUAUUAAACUUCAGGAAGCUUAUUCCAUGCUCAACAAGUUCGAGGUUUCCGUUUCUCGUGAAGAAGUAGAAGGCGUGGACACCCUAAGAUACUCUUUUGAGAAACUUCUUGCCCAGGCGGUGAGUGAUAAGACCUCUAAUACCGGAUUUAUAUGUGUACACCCAUAGCAAAACAAUACGUGGCUUUUUUCGAUUACAAUGAAUAACAGUAGGAAAUUUGUUGAAAGUGAAGUAUAGUACUGUUUGAACCUUGUCAUACUCGUUUGGGCUGCGUUGGAUUGUUUCUUUUUUAACGUUAUGACCGUUAUCAUUAUUGUAAGUGUUACAAGAUUGAUGUUUAAGAGACACCGCUUCUUGAGUAUUACUUCUUAAGCAAGUUGUUUCGACCCAUUUUCCCCUCCAAAGCCAGCACACUUUUUAAACAAGCUUAAAUUCGCGCUUUUAUUUUUUUGUCGGAACAAAUUCUCAUUUUGGGACCCUCCGAUGACUUGUCACUGUGCAUGCCACAACCGUACCUUUGUUGCGUACUUUGAUGACCAUUGUUCUGUUAUUUACAGGGUCAAGUACAAAGUCACUUAGUGAAGAUUCAGCCCCAGUUCAAAGCUGACCUGCUAGAGAAAGUCGUGGUCUUUCGCGAAGCCUCCUCUAACUACAUGAGCGACUACAGCGAGGUGUGCAUUUCUACAGACAAACAUUUAAAAAUACUUUUUGACGAGGUUUUUUUUUUUUUUUUCGGUUUCUUUGUUGUCACUUAUGCCUCGUGCUUACGGGUUUCAGAUUGGGCCGAUGGUGAGUGGCAUUACUCCUCAAGAGGCCAGUGACAGACUCAAUACCUUCCAGGUGAUGGUCUUAAUGAAAUGCGUAAAAGAACAGCUCAGAGAGGUGCUACAAGCUUAUUAACCAGUAACUGCGGGAGCGGCAACUGCACUAUACUCCAUUUCGAUUGGUGCACUUCGAACGAAAAGAAAAGAAGUAGAAACCACGAGACAUGGCAGCAAUGGAAACAGUUUCGCUGUAAUUAAGAACAUUGAUGAACACGUUUUUUAGGAAUGAAUGCGAAAUUUAAUCAAAAUCUUGAGUGGGAUGCACACUGUAGAAUUAUACGUAUUUGGUCCAUUUGAAGAGUAGUGUGUAGUUAUUUUUUAAGGUUAUUUUCCUGAACUCUUUUCAACUUAGUUGUAGUGAGUAUCAUAUUACCAACUACUGGAUUGAUUCUAGUUUCAAAUGUGGAAGACCGUGUGCUUUAGUUAUCAGACUCCCGGAAAAGAAAAUUACGACAUUGGUGUAGCCGAGGCAACGAUGAUUAAACUUUUCCAAUCACAAUUAUUGUUUCAAUCUUCAGAGUCGUUUUGAUGAACUGUGGCGUAAAUACACCACCUACUCCGGCGGCGAGCAACUGUUUGGCCUCACUGUAACUGAAUAUCCUGAAUUGGUUCGCACCAAGAAGGAACUGGGAUUGCUGCAGAAACUGUAUGGACUGUACAAUGCUGUUAUUGAUGGAGUCAACGGCUACUAUGAUAUUCUGUGGAUUGAAGUCGACAUUGAGAAGAUCAAUAAUGAACUGCUUGACUUUCAAAACAGGUCUGUCAUUAUCAUUUGGAUAAACGUGUAGGAGUGUUCAAAAAGACGACAGAUUCUAAUUGAAUAGUUUUACGAGGAUUUCAAUUACGAAGAUUCAAAUAAUUGUCAAAAAUUAUUUUAGCCUUAUAUUUUCCCCCUCACUGCAAAGUCAUGACAUGUAAACUAAGCCGGUUUGUUCAUUCUAAAUACCUCUGUUUCUGGGUGAAGUACUCAUCAGUACUCGUAACUUUGAUUUUAAUCACUUCUGGGGAUAGAAGGAGAAAGGCUGAUUUUGAGAGUUGGCAGUAGCUACUGAUCUUUAACUUCGCUAAGUGUCUUCACCUCAUGCCACCAAGCUUGCUCGCGUAGCAGCCGCGAUCAAUGACAUGACCGUGCGGUAACCUUUCACCUUUAAACUCCUUUCCUUGUUUAAAAAAUUAUUAGAAUUUGGUGUUAGAUCAAGAUAACAACUUCUUCCUGAUAAGUCUUAGUAUUCUCAUUACCUGUUGGCUGGAUAAUGUGCGGAUAUUACAGGGAGAAGUUACCAGUUAAUCACUCCUGGGAGCUAAAGGGUUAACUUCCUGUUUUUUACGAAUUUGUUAGAUGCCGUAAACUUCCCAAAGCGCUCAGGGAGUGGCAAGCGUUUAAUGAGCUAAAGAAAAAGAUUGACGACUUCAACGAGUGCUGUCCACUUCUGGAGUUGAUGGCGAACAAGGCCAUGAAGGAUAGGCACUGGGAACGAUUAGCUGCCCUUACAGGACACACAUUUGAAGUCGAGUCGGAGAACUUUUUGCUGAGGAAUAUCAUGGAAGCUCCCCUGUUGGAGAACAAAGAAGAUAUUGAGGUACGUUAAUAAUGCGUAUGCAAACCACUUUAUAUGAAUGUAUUUGGUGCAAAAAGUGUCUUUGCCCAGUCUCCAGAACUAUCCCACAUGGCUUUUUUGACUGUCAUUCAGUUGAGGGUGGCGCCUUUCUAAAAUGUUUUUUCUCCAAGUCGCUGUGACCACGAAAGGGGCGUAUAAAUCCUGGAAAUUUUAUCUGAACAGACGGCCGUAAGAGGCCUUAACAAUACACGUAAGCGACGAUAGACCGCUGGUAUCUGGUGAAAAUUUCUGCUGGAAGGCAUCACUGAAGGCGUUUAAACUUUGAUUUAUUAAAAAGUUACUUUGACUGGGGGGAACUCGGUCACUCAAGUUUGAUCAGUUUGAUAAAAAAAGAAACAGAAGAGUUCUUAAAUAGUCUUAAUACCUAAGAGUUGGACUCCUUCAGUAGAGUUUGAGUUCUUAGUUUAAGUUAUUUGUUUUAGGACAUUUCCAUCUCAGCCGUGAAGGAGAAGGACAUUGAGGCCAAGCUGAGCCAGGUUGUAGCGGAAUGGAAAUCUCAAAUGUUCAGCUUCGCAGGAUUCAAGAACCGUGGAGAGUUGCUGCUGAAAGGAGGUGAAACAUCUGAGAUUAUCUCACUACUGGAAGACAGCCUCAUGGUGUUGGGUUCUCUGUUAAGCAACAGGUAAUUUGAAAAUCGAGCUGAUUAGGUUUCGUGUUGCGUUUAACCUACUAUUUUAAAAUGAACAUAAAAUGUUUCAUUAAAAAAAAAAAAAAUAGAAUUCUCAGAACUUCGUUGUUUGUUUACGUAACACGUAGGACUUACUUUAUGUUAUUUACAGUACAAUACAUUUAAGUUGAAUAAGGAUCUUAAAGAAAUAUUGCUACCAGCAGAGAAGUUGUGAAAUUUGCGUAAGUUGGUUUAAAGAAAUCUAUAUCAAACUCUCUGGCACAUGGUAUUUGUUGAUGAAAAUUUCCCUUCAGUUGACGGUAUUUAACUCUUUUCUGUUUAGAUACAAUGCACCGUUCAAGAAGGAUAUCCAAGGCUGGGUUCAGAAGCUAUCCAACACUUCAGACAUCAUCGAGAACUGGAUGAUAGUGCAAAACUUGUGGGUCUACCUAGAGGCUGUAUUUGUAGGUGGAGAUAUCGCAAAACAACUACCACAGGUAUAAUUUCAGCUGGUGUAAAGGUCUUUAUUUCAAAGGAAAAUAAAUUUCUCAUCAAUUGCAGGGAAUUAUAUGCUGUUGAGGAGCAGCAACUCCUAGUUUAUAUAGCAAAUAUUAUAUUGCACUAUCUUGAAUUCGGUGGUUUUUUCGGACCCUGUCUUGGAAUGUGUCCCUAUUCAUAGACGUUUACAACAAAACGCCAACUAACCUGCAAGCGAGUGUCAGCGUUUAAAACUGUUCUGUUAAUCGGCUCACUGUUAUGAGCUCUCUUACUUUGCUUUUAGGAAGCCAAGCGAUUUGCCAACAUUGACAAGUCUUGGGUGAAGAUCUUAACGCGUGCGCAUGAGACACCUAACGUGGUUCAAUGCUGUGUGGGUGACGACACUCUUGGUCAGCUGUUACCUCACUUACUGGAACAACUGGAGCUUUGUCAAAAAUCGCUUACUGGGUAAGAUAUUAGUCUUUUGAUUUUCAUUUCCUGAGUAUGAAAUACUAGUAGCAAGGAAUACUGAGGGUUGUAUUUCUCAAAUGCGUUAUUUGCUGUUGAAUCAUUGGUGGAGCUGAGGGAAAUUUGUCCGCGUUGCUCUCAGGAAAUGGUUUUGAAUAAACUAUAACUAAAUUUCGAGUAUAUUGUAUGUGCUUUUGUUGACCAAACAUUUCUUAUUUGUUUUCAUGCAGUUAUCUGGAAAAGAAACGACUUGUGUUUCCCCGUUUCUUCUUUGUCUCUGAUCCAGCGCUUUUGGAAAUUUUGGGACAAGCCAGUGACUCACACACCAUACAGGUUUGGUGUACAACUCUGUUCUUUCACGAAUCAUGGAAGUAACAUAGAGCACUUUUCGAUGAAUCGUCGUGACAGAAAAACUGAAAUAGGCAUAACAUGUACGCAAACAAUAUUUGUCAUUAGGCGGCAUUAAGAACCCAUAUUAAACACAAGUAACCGACUUUUGGGGUCGGAAAGAGCAAUUGACUGAAUUGAGAAUAGGAUUACUUUGGUUUUUCAUCUAGUUGGUUGAGAAGCUAGGUGGCGCAGCUUUUCUAAGCCCAUGCCUGAACGUAGCGAGCAAAACGGAUAAAAUCGCGUACUACGAUGUCUACACUUAGCUUUAAAUAUACCCCAUCUUUAUCUGCUGCUAAAUUUGCUUUUACUUUAUUCAUGCCCGAUAUUUAUUUUUCUAUAUUGUAGGCGCAUUUACUGAACGUGUUUGAUAACGUGAAAAACGUGGCAUUCCAUGAGAAGGAUUAUGAUAGGAUCUUAGCCAUCAUCUCAUCCGAGGGAGAGACUGUACAGGUAUGGAUGGCCUGGCUCUUAAGGACACUUGUUGAUGUAAGGUUGCAAACAAAAACAAAAUAAUCAUAGUGAUCAAUAGCAUCAAAAGUGAACCACACAGAGAACUAAAUGAAAAUCAAAGUGGACAUCUGUGACCAUUCUUUGCUUGGCUAAGAGGGUAACUCAAGUUUUCCAGACCAUUAAAUAGCAUAGAACAGAAAACAAAUGCAGACGCGGGUUACUUUGGGAAAUGUGUCGAAAACUGCCCUGAGCAGCUAGGAAGGAAGUUGGGCUAUUUCAGAAGUUCGAUCGUAACACUCAAUAACUGCCUGUCAACAGCUGGAAUCACCCGUCAUGGCAAAAGGAAAUGUGGAGUUGUGGUUAGGGGAACUGCUCAAUCAAGCUAUGCACUCACUCCAUGCAGUUAUCAGAGAUGCCUAUCACGCCACCAACGACGGUGGCUUUCAGCUCAUGAGCUUCUUGGGUCAGUUUCCAUCGCAGGUACGUCUCUAUGACUUCCUGCCAUUUUAUAUGUGCUACUGUGGAGUUUUCACGCUUGUGACCCCAAAGCAACCCAUGACAGAGUGCGAAAUUGGGGAAAAUUCCAGCUAUAAAACAAUGCUUAAAGACUGGUCAUCCCUUAACAUCCUAGUAAUAAUUGCUAUAAACUUUCUUACUGUUUUUGGACGUCUUGCUGGAUAUCCAUCAUCCUAUUCUUCAGCUGCACGAUCUUCUUUAAAUCUUUGAUGUCGCUGCACAUUUUAAUAGCUUAUUACUGGAGAUCUCAGUUAGUGUUAUGCUUUGCUAUUACAGAUACGGUGAUAUUACAUUGUGUUCUUUACUGGUGGGUAGGUUGGCUUAUUAGGCAUUCAAAUGAUCUGGACCAGAGAUGCCGAAGAAGCGCUUAAGAAUGCGCGAUCGGACAAAAAAGUCAUGGCUACGACGAACCAGAAGUUCUUGAAUCUGUUGAACUCACUGAUUGAGGUUACGACUCAGGAACUGACCAAGAUGGAGAGGACCAAGUUUGAGACAUUUGUCACGAUUCACGUACAUCAGAGAGACAUCUUUGAUGAUUUGGUACGAUUGUCCUCUUUUCUGUGUAUUUCGUGAAAACAUCCAUGUCUUCCGCUUGUCUGUAAGGUUACAGAAAGGUUUGUCACAAGUCAACUUGUUAGGGCAAGAAGUGUUGCUGAAAUGGCAUGUUUCACGGGUAACCUGUCAAUUGCAGUGUGAAACACAAAAUUUGUUCAUAAUCAGUUCUCAAAUAACGAGAUGAUGUAAUUAAAACACUGAGUUUGAAGAACUCUUUAUGGUAAAUUAUUUUAAAGGUUAAAUAGUCUUUAGUGAUUAUUUGGUAAAAUACAAUUAACAUGGGCUGUCCAAAAUCACGUAUCCUCUUUUUCUAAGUACUUUUCCAAUUAAUUACCAUUUAAGUACUUUUUUCUAAAAUUCAAAUAACGCACGGUGUGUAUGUCCAUACUGCUGUUAUCCAAGUGGCAAAUCUCUGAAUGUUCAGUUGUCAGUAAAAUGCAUGCGCACUGACCGACUUUUGCUACUUUCCUUCAUUGUUAUCGCAGGUCAAGAUGCACAUCCGCUCAGUGACAGACUUCGAGUGGCUGAAACAAUCUCGCUUCUACUUCAAGGAAGACAUCGAUGAUUGUAUUAUCUCCAUCACAGACGUUGACUUCAGCUAUCAGAACGAGUUCCUGGGCUGCACAGACAGGCUCGUCAUCACUCCUCUCACGGACAGAUGUUACAUAACACUUGCUCAGGCACUGGGCAUGUCUAUGGGUGGUGCGCCCGCUGGACCUGCUGGUACUGGCAAGACUGGUAAGAGUGCUGUCGCAACCUUACGUCUUUAAGAUUUGGUGUAAAGAUUCAAUAACACGAUACACUCCUCGAUUUUCAUUGAGAGCCGACUCUUAAAAUAUUCUUCUGAAAAUCUGAGUGCUAAAAUGCUCCUGGUUUGGUUUUGGAGGCUCGUGUUGCCCCCAGGAAUUGUCAGACUAUAAUGAAAUUUUUGUUGUGGAACUGCGUCAGCACCAUGAAAGCCUAUUUUCUGAAUAUGGUUUCGUACAAUCGCUUUAUACCGUAGUUAUCACGCUAACCAUUCUACUUGUUAUCAAUUGGAAAUUGCUUGGUUUGUUCUAGAGACAACUAAAGACAUGGGAAAGGCUCUUGGAAAGUACGUGGUCGUUUUUAACUGCUCUGAUCAGAUGGACUUCAGAGGCUUGGGUCGCAUUUACAAAGGUAAAAUCAGUCAUAUCGAUAUUAUGAACAAACCUGCUCGAGAAAUGCAAUCAAAGUUAAGUUAGACAAUGGUAGUAAAUCUGUCAUCGCGCCAGACGUUUUGAACUAAUUGCGAUUCUUUUUGUUAUAUAGGUUUAGCACAGUCUGGAAGCUGGGGUUGUUUCGAUGAGUUCAACCGCAUUGAGCUUCCUGUGUUAUCAGUUGCCGCACAACAAAUCUACAUCGUCCUAACAGCUAAGAAGGACCGAAAGAAGCAGUUUGUAUUCAGCGAUGGAGAUGUUGUGGAUCUUAACCCAGAGUUUGGUAUUUUUCUAACCAUGGUAAGUGAGCAGAUUGGAUUUCGUCACUGUUUUGUUAGAGUUCUUGUGAUUAUUGACUCAACAUGCCUUUUUUGUAGAAUCCGGGAUACGCAGGCCGUCAAGAGUUGCCAGAGAAUCUCAAAGUCCAGUUUCGCACUGUCGCCAUGAUGGUUCCCGACAGACAGGUUCUCAAUUCAAUUUGUUGUGUCGGUUUGUUUUUCUCUUUGUUUAAAAGAAGUGAAUUUGUAUUUGUUGUGAUAUUUUAAUAUUCCAGUCGUGAAAGGGUUUAUUUAUAACUUAAAAGUACUUCUUAUUUCAGAUUAUAAUGAGGGUGAAACUAGCCAGUUGCGGUUUUAUUGAAAAUGUCAUUCUGGCUCAGAAAUUCUUUACGCUCUACAAACUGUGCGAAGAGCAGCUCAGCAAACAGGUUCGUGUAACGUUAUUGAAAAAAAUGUAGAUUCUCUCUGUGUGGGUAUGUUUAGGGAGAAGAAGAGUCCAUUUAAAUCUUUCCUCUAGCAGCAGACGCCUGUAACCGACAGAGAGAACACUACAAUCCUACAAGGUUAACUACUUUGUUGAACAACGUGUAUUGUUCUUUAUAAGGAGCGACUCCAAAAGACAGUACAGUAAUUAUCUUCACAAAACUUAUUUUAGCCUGCUACAGUCUCUAUCCUAGCUCACCACUGACACAAACUCAUAGUUUUCUCCAUAGCUCCUUUAAUAAACAAUUUUCACAGUAACUCUCUCUCAGAAUAGCUUUCCAAACAGUCGGUUACCCCCGACAACAGCAACUACAAGUACUAUACGACUGAGUCCUUAUAUACAUUUACAAAGUAUUCCAAAACACUCUGGAAGCUUACAAAACAACUAUUUUGGUUAGUUACAUUAUAAAUGCGUGACCUAAUAAAAUGGUCUAGAAGGUUCCAUGGUAUGUAUGUCAGCAUGACAAAGCGUUCUAGAAAUUUCGAGAUAUUUAUCUUUACAGGUAUUAUCCAUAACACUUUAUUUUCGGCUGGCCUAGUGAAAAUGGUUUUCAAUUGCUAUAUUGACUACCUUAAGAGACUGGUGCUUAUAAGAUAAGCUUUUGUUACUUGGGUUAUCACUAAAUGUUUGCCAUUUACCUGGUGAAAGGGAGAAAAUUGGUGCCGUGUAGUUUUUAGUCUUAUCUCCUUUCAACAUAAAUUGUUUUGCUCGAUUUGAAAUGAAAGUCAGGUUGUUGCACUCUUUAUGACAAGGGCUACCAGGGCAGUAUGGGAAAUCUGAUUUUGAUACCAGCAGCUUCAAUAAUUUGACCUCAUCAUGUAGUUUGUGUCCAGAAUUUCAGUGCAAAGUAGCGAUUCCAUGAAUUGAAGUAUUUUUUUCCCAACUGAAAAUGUGUAGGUUCACUACGACUUUGGUUUGCGAAACAUCUUGUCAGUGCUGCGUACUUUGGGUGCUGCUAAACGAGCCAACCCACAGGAUAGUGAAAGUACCACUGUAAUGAGAGUACUACGAGAUAUGAACCUAUCCAAACUGGUAAGAUGCAUGUAAUACGAACAGAAUAAACGAGAUCGUUCGUGGUUGACUUGAUUUGUUCCGAGACUUGAAGACUUGAAGAGGUAUUGAAUUCGGGAGUCUUCAAGAGCUUUAAAAAAUAGUGAAAACUGAAAAUUAAUUACUGAAAUAAAAUGCUCAAAAUAACUGCAACUGUUGCCUAAUUACUAGGUGAGAGCUCGGCAUAAUUUCUGAAUUUACUGAACUGACGGCUGAAAUAUUUGAAUGAUACUAAUUUUGUGGCAAACCUCCCACAUAUGAAUGUUCAGGCCAUGCGAUUUGAGUGGUGAAAAUCCGUGAAAGGGUUCAGAAAAAGUCUAAAACUUGUUCUGAACUUUGAACACAAACAUUGUACCUUUGGUUUUAUGUAUUUAGGUGGACGAGGACGAACCCCUUUUUCUGAGUUUGAUCAAUGAUUUGUUCCCUGGAAUAGUCUUGGACAAGGCUGGUUACCCUGAACUUGAGGAAAUGAUUCAGAAACACGUUGAAGAGGCAGGACUGAUCUUCCAUCCUCCUUGGAUACUCAAACUAAUCCAGGUAUCGGCAAAUAUCUUGAGGAAAAUUUUUAGCCUUGAACCUUACUUUUUUUGAAGAAAUCAUUUAUACCAGGUCAUUCCCAGAUAAAUAGUUAAUGUGGGUACAUUUAGACACAUUUUUUACCGCAGUUGUAACGUGAUUUGCAUGGAAACGUGUUGAAACAUGACGAAAAUAGGGCCUUUUUGUAUCGUUUAGUUUUUAAGACUUGGCUUUUUUAGGAUUUCCAUUAGUCUAUGUUUGCAUUGUAAAGGAUUUGUGUUUUUAAUCAUCGCAAGCUGUUGCUUUGGUUUUUUGUUCAUCCUAGCUCUACGAAACUCAGCGUGUUCGUCAUGGAAUGAUGACCCUGGGACCAAGUGGAGCCGGCAAGUCAGUUUGUAUUAACAUCCUCAUGAAGGCCAUGGGCGACUGCGGUGCUCCACAUCGGGAGAUGCGCAUGAAUCCGAAGGCUAUCACUGCGCCGCAGAUGUUUGGCAGGUUGGAUGUAGCGACUAAUGACUGGACAGAUGGCAUAUUCUCUACUUUGUGGCGAAAAACGCUAAAGGCAAAGAAAGGUUUGUGUCCACGAGCUACUCUUUAGGUAUUCUUCAAAUUGCACAUGAAAUGUAAUUUUAUGACCAAGUAAUUUCUGUUUUGUGGAAAACUAUCUUCAACUUGACCACGAAACGUGAAUGCGGUAAAGUUAUACCAAAUCCAUCCAACUUUGAAAUAACUAAGAAUUUCCUUUUGCCCAUGUCUAGCCUUUGUAAUGAAACCACAGAGAAGUUGGGCAAAAUAAUUAUGAAGUAUAAUCGUUUGUUUCACAAAUUUAUUCAUGCUGUUACUCCUAUUCUGGCACUGAAAUAAAAUGGCAACUCGUAACAGCGCGUAAAAGCGGCUUCGCAUUGGUCAGCAGCUGUGAUUGGCGCAUUAUGAGGAUGUGUUACUUCACGUUAACGGUAAAACUGACCGCUUCAGUUUCGUUCAUUCGAGCACGAUGAAUAAAAAAAAGCCUUUCACAAUGUACACAGGGGGCAAGUUUCUAAAGAAACUGUAGUACUGCGUCGGUGGGAGAGUAUAGCAGGCUAAUUUAGUAUUAUCAACUGAGUUGUCAACGUAAAUUGGCCACCAUAAAGAGCUUCAAAGCUGACGUUUCGAGCGUUAGCCCUUCGUCAGAGCGAAUGGAGGAAUUUUUUACCUUUCACAAUGUAGAUUGACUCUACUGUUAAUGGCUAAUUAGCUCUCUUGGGUCUAAUACGGGAUUUUUGCAGGGGAACACAUUUGGAUCGUACUAGAUGGUCCUGUGGAUGCCAUUUGGAUCGAGAACCUGAACAGCGUUCUGGACGAUAACAAGACACUUACACUAGCCAACGGAGACCGAAUCCCUAUGUCACCUCAAUGUAAAGUUGUGUUUGAGCCACACAACAUAGAUAAUGCUUCACCUGCCACUGUAUCGCGUAAUGGAAUGGUGUACAUGAGCUCCUCGGUUAUGGACUGGAGACCAAUAGUCAAGGUGCUUCACUUUUCUCAAUGAAACGUCCUCUGUUGAAAAAAGCUGGAAAAAAUAUUCCGUUUAACAAUUUGUAGAUGAAACUGUUGAAAGAAUCAAAGAGGACGCAUCGAUCCUCUGUUACCCUGAGUUUGGCGCCAACCAUGACUUGUCAAACAAUCCACCAUAUUUCCAUCCUUAAAAACAAAAUCGCCCACAUUUUCCUGCUUUCCUGGUUGACUUCUUGUUUGAUUCUUAAACCUACGUAGGCUUGGCUGAACAAGAGAGAAGUGCAGGAACAUGACGUGUUGGAACCGUUGUUUGAGUGCAUCUUUGAUGAGGUUUACACUUACGUCAAGCAGAAUCUUUCUCCAAAGAUGGAGGUGUUGGAAUGUAACGUCAUCAAACAGGUAACUGUGCAGCUCUCUCAACGUAAAUUUCCUACGUGAAGGAGGGGGGGUGCUUAUCAAUUUCGAGGGCUUCUAAAGUAAAGGGGGGCUCAUUUUACUCGGCGUAUUUAAAUUACAAAGCACCAAAAAGGAUGCAAUGACGGAGAGCACGUUUUCUCUGUUGCUUGAAUUUGAGGAUUCUUUAUCUUUUUCACGUUUUCAUCGGUCAAUCUCCAGAUGGAUGGCAAUGUUGGUUGGCUUAAGCCAUACUAUACACACUUCCGCUUGUCUGGUCUAGUUCAUACUUGCUGGGGACUAACGUCGUAGACAAAUAAAACUUAUGAAGGGUCGCUGAGCCCCAUGAACAUCAGCACCACAGCAAGAUAACUCAAUCCAUUCCUGAUAACGGCUGUUUUUGUUCGCAUUUUGCAGUGUAUCGACAUACUGGAGGGUCUUAUUCCAAGCAAAGAGGAACACGGUGUUCUUAAACCAAACCACUUAAGUCGACUUUUUGUUUUUGCUCUCAUGUGGGGAGUGGGUGCUCUACUGGAGAUAGAAGACCGUGCCAAGAUGGAGGAGUUUCUUGUCAAACACGGAAAGCUUGCUCUGCCUGAUAUCGACGCAGGAAGCCAGGACACCAUCUUUGAGUUUGUGGUAGACAACUGUGGUGAGCACCGGUUAUUUAUUACCUUUCCCAUAACACAAAAAUUGAUUCUUAAGAUCUACGCAUAAAGUAAAUAGUAAACUUUGAAACAUGCGCAAAUUGACUCCUCUUAAGCGCCUUAUAAAGGUUGUUACGGUUUUGAAAUUUGGUGUCGUUGAAGGCAUUAGUCUUACGGCCGGUAAGAUAUCUUCGUAAUUGAGAAUGUGGGGAAAUUAUUAUAAUCAAUAUUUUAUAUACAUGAUAUAAAAGUUGUUUUUUGAUUUACAUAACACAAAUUGUUGAAAAUAGGUAUUUCAGAUCCUGGGUAGAAAUGUCCAAAGCUGAUGGUGUUGUUAAUUGUACUGUUAGGUAAUUGGGAACACUGGUUGAACCGAGUUCAAGAGUACAACUACCCACCUGAUUACAAACCCGAGUACUCCUCCAUCUUAGUACCAAAUGUUGACAAUGUCAGAACCAGCUUCCUUAUGGAAACUAUCGCCAAGCAGAGCAAGGUUCGCGCUUUAGUGUGUUUACCCCAAUAUACUUCUGGAAGGUUGGACCACUCAGAUUUCAAAGAGAUUUCAUUAUUAUUUGCAUUCUUUCGGCCAGAUCAGUCAACUUUUAAAUUUUAUUCACUUUUCUGAUGGAAGCUGAACGAAAGCUUAAACCUUAAUUACAAAAAGAGCUAUUCGAGUUUAACUGACGACUCUUAGGUCCUCAUAAGUUUCGCCUUGUUCAAAAACCGUAAUUUCCGUGUCCGGCGAGGUGAUUUUACAUGGAUAGACAACUGUUCACAGCUGCACAGAAAACCUGUUGGAAAACACCGGGUUUAUUACCAGGUUUUCUUUAACGGGCACCCGUUAAAGAAAACCUGGUAGUAUAAAGUCGUGUGUACUUAACCGACAAGAAAAAGAAAGCUUGACACUAAGUUAGAUUAAGAUUUUCGCUUCCUUUUUUAAAAGGCAGUACUGCUCAUUGGGGAACAGGGUACAGCAAAGACAGUGAUGAUCAAAGGUUACCUUGCCAAAUACAACCCUGAAGUGCACAUGAGUAAGAGCGUCAACUUCUCUUCUGCCACCACACCUUUACUCUUCCAGGUCAGUUCACUCAGUGUCAGAUCUAUCUUUAGCUUCCAAAUAAUAGUUCCAAGCUUACUCUGACCGCAUUUUGUUCCUUUUAUAGCGUACAAUCGAGAGCUACGUGGACAAACGCGUGGGUACCACGUACGGACCACCGGCGGGGCGCAAAAUGACCUGCUUUAUCGAUGACGUCAAUAUGCCUAUUAUAAAUGAAUGGGGUGAUCAGGUUAGCUGGUUCUUAUAUAUUUUAGGUCACCAUUUAGAGCUUUGCCGCAAUUUAUAUCGUUGGCACAUUUAAAUCUCUGAGAUGUGCCACGUGCUUGAUCUUGCCAUUUCGUAUUUACCUUAUUCUGAGUUAGACCUUUAUCCGCGCGCUUGUUCUAGGCGUCAGUGCAACCCUUCGUUCGAAUCUCUUAGAUUUUGGAAAUUAAUGUAAUGAUUGCAUACGAAUAUGCGGUGUUAAGGUUAAGUGUCCUAGAUCAAUCCGUGACUGCACUGGUACUACCCCCACCAUGUUCUCCAAGGGAUUUUUUAAAACUCUCUUGCCACCUCUAACUCAGUUGCAAAAGCAAAUUCAGUUACAACUUGGUCAUGUGACUUUUUUGGGUCUCACAGAAAAGUGCUACCCCGUUGAUAAUGAAGCUAAUCAGAAAAAUGCAGGAAAAAAAAAGAGAGAAGUCAGACUUCAAAGGAAAUGUUAUUCCCCAACAAGAACAAGAUGAAUACACCUCUUUCACUGCUGAUCUCACUUAGCGAUACCCUUCGGAUGCCUUUUUAGGUAACAAACGAGAUUGUGCGUCAAGUAAUGGAGCAACAAGGAUUUUAUAAUCUGGAGAAGCCUGGCGAAUUCACACACAUCGUGGACAUUCAAUUUAUUGCGGCCAUGAUCCACCCAGGAGGAGGAAGGAAUGAUAUUCCUGAGAGGCUCAAGCGUCAGUUUAGCAUCUUCAACUGUACCUUACCUUCAAAUGCGUCUAUUGAUAAAAUAUUUGGUAAGUUUCUUGAAAGUUUAACAGUCUUUAUUACCUCAACUGUUCUUACUACCAAUUUUUAUGCAUGUUUGUACCUAUAGUAUUUAAGUUUGGAUUAUUUGAGGCUAGCUACGAUAGUUAUCGCUAUAGAAUUGAUAAUUUACAGUAGAGAACACUUCGUUUAGGCUUCAAGUUAAGGUUUUAGCACACAUUUUGUAAAACUCAGUCAGGAAGUUAUUAAAAAGCAUCACUUUCUUUAUCGACCGUUUGUGAAAAAAAUCUUUAAGGGAAAUUUAGCUUUGAACCAAUUGAAACUUUUAAAUGUACGAUGUCUAGAUGUCGUUCAUACACUCAAAAACUAGUUUAGGCCUAAGAGAAAUAUUUCGUCUAAUUUUACAGUUUGUGAACAACUGAAAUAAAAUUUGAUUUUGUAAGUUAGUCCAUCCAAGUUAAGUAAGUUUUAUAUCCUUUCCUUUUCGCUGCCAACUUAAUUUCCAACAUAGCUUUAAGUGGUUGUUCAAUAUAUUAGUUAUUUGUAAAUGUCUUUUAAAAUUAUUGUCUUUAGUUAGUGAUCUUAUAUACGCUUACUCCUAACGAUCCUUCCAUUCAAGGUGUCAUUGGUACUGGGUAUUUUUGCUCAGCUCGAUUCUCAGAUGAAGUUUGUGAUAUCGUCGAUCAGCUCGUCGCCUGCACAAGGGUUCUUUGGCAGAAAACCAAAGUAAGAAACUCUUGUCUUUGUAAGACGACUUAAAUUUUUAUUAUCUCCACAGAAGAUGCAAAGAUCAUUGCCCGGCCGUGGUGGAUAUUUGAAUUUUAACUUUGAAUGGGUAUACAUCGUUGGAUUCCAAUGUUCUGUUUGUUAUCUAACUAUGGAUGAAGUAUACAAGCCAAGCACAAAUCAAGAGCACCAAAUACAGCCAUGAACUGCUUGUAAACCCAGCUCACGUGAAAGCUAUUUCAAGUUACUACCUGAAAAUAAGUAAUGAUAAGUGGACUGAGCGGAGUGCAAUUUUGGUCUCAGCAGGGCUCAGCUAAGGAGUGUAAAAUGGUUCCAAGUAACUCUUGAUGAACCUGAAAAAAUUAGCAUUCGGAGUCAGCUAAGCAUCCCUUACGAGGGAGAGACAGUAUGCGUAAUCGUUUCGUUGUUCUAUACGGUCUUAGUUCAGUUGUUGAGAUUUUGGAUCUCUUGAAAACCUGCCCCCAUUCCGUGUUUGAAUGGUAACAAUUCUUUGACUUCCUUUAGACCAAGAUGUUACCUACACCCGCCAAGUUCCACUACAUUUUCAACCUGCGCGACUUGUCACGUAUAUGGGAAGGCAUGCUAAACGUAGCUGGAGAAGAAGUCAACACUAGGAAGCUUGCUCUAGCGUUGUGGAAACACGAGUGUACUCGAGUGAUAGCCGAUCGCUUCACGAACGACGCCGACCGCAAGUGGUUUGAGAAGACGAUAACAAGAGUAAUUGAGGAACAUAUGGGCGAGGAAGGUGUGGAACAAUUGAUGGACGAACCUUACUUCGUUGAUUUUCUCAGGUGUGUACGUAGAAAUAGGUCUUCCGAGAGUUGGUGAGUCUACCGAAACAUUUGGUGUUAAGUUGAGAGGGUGAUCUUGUUUACUGAACUGAAAAGAACUCUUUUAGUUUGAGCUGUAAUGUAACGAUCGAUAAGGGUUUUAUUCCUUGCCUUAGCUCUGUUUAUUAAUUGUUACUCAGUCCUUUGAUUUGUUUUUGUUUUUGUUGUUUUUUUUUUUGCACUGUUUGUUAGUUAUUCACAUUCUGAAUAUUUAUCUGGCUGUUUUCAUCAUUUUGCUAUGCUGAGGCUUAUCAAGACUAGAACAGCUGUCUUUGGUUGUUAGCGCUGUGGCUUAAUUUUUCAUCAAACUUCUGUCGGCAGCCACCAUAACUGUUGCGAUAGAGAGCGUGCUGUGGCUUCAACGUACCAUUUUUACCAUAUCACCAUUUUGCUGUUAUAUAGUCUUAGUUUGUGGUAUAUUUAUACCAAUCUUUUAGAAUAAAAUGUAAACCUUUCACCAGCGAAUUGUAGCCACUUGUUGAUUAGAACACAUAGCACCAAUAUAGCACUGUUUACGGACGUUAUAAUUUACCAUACAUGGUAUAUGGCGAUGAACUUGUAGGCACUAUCCUAAUCUGGAUGAAGGCAUCGAAAGCUCAUGCCUAUAACGCCUGGAAAUUCUUGAUAAAAAGGUGAAUUCUUUUUCAGGGAUGCACCAGAACCGACAGGAGAGGAAGCAGAAGAUGCCGAUUUGGAUGCACCCAAGAUUUACGAAAUGGUAAAUUAAAGAGCGCACGAGACUAGAUGUCACCAAGACUAGGUCAGCUACCAUGCGAAAUCGGCCGCUAAAAGACACUUUUUUAUUCCUGAGCAACGAACUGCUUUGGGGACAUUUAAUUUUAAAGUACAAUUGAAAUGAAAUUAAUUGUUACAGACUAAUGUAAUCAUAUCAGAAUCUAUGGUAAGAUCUAUAGAAAUCUCAAAUUAUGAAAUUUCUGAUUUCGAAGAGCACAGUCCUUGCAGCCAUCCGUGAUAAACAUGCUUAUAAAUCUUAAAUAACGAUCAUGUAUAUGGCACUGUGGUGUGUAAAGGUUUUUUGAGUACCCUGUUUUGAACCCUGUUCUUGAAAGACCUUGCAAAUGAAAAAGACAUGCAUUGCUAUAGUGGCUCUUGUGUUUUGCAGGUGCCGACGUUGGAUUUUUUGAAUGAGAAGCUGGGCCAGUAUAUGGCGAUGUAUAACGAUACCGUUCGAGGAGCAAACCUAGAUCUGGUGUUUUUCAAAGAUGCAAUGACUCAUCUCGUAAAGGUAAACUUUGUUUUCCCAUGUGGGGGGACAAAAAGCCUUGCGAUAGACGAGAGAGGAACCAGUUUGUCCUCUUUACCGUGACUUCAUGUAACAUUCAGUUGAGAUGAACAUUCAUCUGCCUGUAUGUGGUAUAAUUAUCUGUUUCACAUCAGAUAGUGCAGAUCCGAAUGUUCAAAACCUAGAUACUUUUUGUACUGUUCUGUGCGCCACGUGGGCUAUUCAAACUGUUUUUUCUUAUCAGAUCUCCCGUAUUAUCCGCACACCGUGUGGCAACGCCCUUCUUGUUGGAGUAGGAGGGUCUGGCAAACAAUCUCUUACAAGACUUGCCUCUUUUAUCGCUGGAUACAAAAUCUUCCAGAUUACACUUACAAGGUGAAGCCAUACUCAACUGUUACCACUCGGUUUUGUUUUGCAGCAUUCACGGGACUAAAGGUCUACAUAUGUACAAUAAAAAAAAUAACUUCUCUCUUUUCAUGAACUGAUUCAAGCUUUAUUGCCCAUUCAAUUCACUUUACAGGUUUGAGAUUUAUUGGUCAUGAUUUUCAAAGGGUAAGAGAGUGGUGGUGGGGGUAGGGUCUCGUUUUCUGGAAAUUAGAAGAGGCGACCAUUCCCUGGCCAGCCAGUUUUACAAAUUUUUUAAUACUAGUUUAGUUUAACGCUAGUUUUGCGUCCUAGGACGAAAGCUCAUCGCAGGUUUUUGCACUGCCGCUACACUCUUACUGAACUAUAGCUACUAAGAGCUCAGUCAAUUCAACGUCACAUCUGUUGGUCAAAUUUACAGGUCAUACAAUGUCAGCAACUUGAUGGAUGAUCUUAAAUACCUGUACCGUGUCGCAGGCUCUGAAGGAAAAGGCAUUACAUUUGUCUUCACUGAUAAUGAGAUCAAAGACGAGAGUUUCCUGGAAUAUCUGAACAACGUGCUUUCUUCCGGAGAGGUAUGAAGCGUUUUACUAUGGCUGUGGUCUUUCCUCCGAAUGUUACUGCUUUUGAUAGAAUUUUUUUCAAACUGAUGUCCUAUUUAUAGUCGUGAGUUUUCUUUGGGAAGUGGACUUGUGAAUGCUAAAUACUGUUGUAAGGAAAAUUUGCCAAUAGCACAUGGAUUUGUCGAGGAAAAACUGCUACAAAAGCACUCUCUCUCUCUUUAUCCUUUAACAAUUUCCUUGGUAAUUGUCAUUGUAUGUAACUGAUUUAUACCAGUCCCGGACAAGUCUCCUUUUUACAAUAGAGGCUAGUCAGGCUGUAGAAUAGAGGACGUUUUAAGGAAAAACUUGUCACAUUUUUCAAUCUACACCUUUAGGAAUAACUUCCAACGUAAAUGCGGCUUCAUCAAUGAUUUCUUCUAUCGUCAGGUAUCUAACUUAUUUGCUCGUGACGAGCUGGACGAAAUAACUCAAGGUCUCAUCGGAGUCAUGAAGAAGGAGAUGCCGCGAGUUCCACCAACCAAUGAUAACUUGUACAGCUAUUUCAUCUCGCGCUCCAGAAAGAAUCUGCAUGUGGUUUUAUGCUUUUCACCCGUAGGUUUUACUCACUUAUUCCUUAAAGUCCCUAACAAAACGGGAAUAAUUUAGGGCUCUUAUUGGCUUGCUGCAGUUCAACAGUGUAAUGCAGGAGAUUCAUUUGUAAGACUCGGUGGAAAUUGGUAGAAGCGGAAUAAUGUUUUAUUUUAAAAAGCAAUUAUUUCAAGCAAGAUGAACGAAUUGUAACUUGUACCUCUCUGGCAUUGUUCGACUUUUAACCCUUAAAAAGUGUUUAUUGUAGAACAGUAGCAGAUCGGUAUCUCAAUACACGAGAAAUAGAUACUUUCAGUGGUCCUCAAUUUCAACCAUCGUUUACCAUACCUUACCACUCUCCUAAACUGGGUGAGAGAAUGUCAUAGGGGCUCCCUUUCAUGUCUUAAUUUUGAUUACCUUUAAGAGUAUUUGCUGCAUCUUAUUUUCAAAUUGGCGUUUUUCAGUAGCUCUCGAGUUCGUCCUCUAUUAAAUUUUACUGCAGGUUGGAGAGAAAUUUAGAAACCGCUCUUUGAAGUUUCCCGGCUUGAUCAGUGGUUGUACCAUGGACUGGUUUACCCGCUGGCCAAAGGAUGCAUUGAUUGCAGUGGCAGACUACUUCUUGUCCAAGUUCGACAUCACGUGCACGGCGGCUAUUAAGAAUAGUGUGGUGCAGACCAUGGGAACCUUCCAUGAUGGAGUGGCUGAGGCCUGCGUCGAGUAUUUUGAAAGGCAAGAAAAUGUCAAAAUGUAUUGCUACUGCGUUUAUUUUCCAACUUUUGAGACACUUUAUGACUCAGAGGUAUGGGUACUCAUAGUUGAUUUAUUUUCAACAUACUUCCUCAAAGCUCAAAUAACCGGCUUUAAAUUUCUAACACUAGUUCCGAUAUGAAGAAACUUUUUGUCUCAUCUCUUAUUUGCUUAUGUCACUUUCCAGGUUCCGUCGUCAAACACACGUGACUCCCAAAUCGUACCUGUCAUUUGUGGACGGGUACAAAACCAUCUACGCCGAGAAGAGAUCACAGAUUGGCGAACUCGCGAACCGUAUGAACACUGGACUUGAUAAACUGGUAGAAGCCAGUGCCUCAGUGGCGGAGCUGGCAAAGGAGCUAGUUGUGAAAGAGAAGGAACUUGCCGUUGCCUCAGUCAAGGCUGACAAAGUAUAUAAUUAUUCCUUAAGUGUUGUCGUGUAGAUGUGAUUGUCGACUUGGUCAUACCGAUUGCGAAUUCGAAAAUUGUACGGGUUUGGCUCAAACUGUACAAUUUUGGGGGGCUUAAGCCAAGUUGCAGAUUCUCCAAACUGGUAGGGCCGGUUAGCUAUACAAAGUUUAGCCACUGUUUAACCAAACCUCGUCCUAAACAAUCGUCACUUAGCUGAAUCUUUUAUCUGAAAAUUUAUUUUUGUGAACAGUGUAAAGAGGACCGAAAGCUAACAGUGGAAGGAAAUGUAUAAAAUUAAAUCAGCUCUUCUUGUAGAGAAAACCUGAGGCCCACUGAUUGCGUAAAACCGUGGUUUGGGUUAAACCUCGUGUAAAUAACCGGCCUGUAAGCUGACCGAGCGUAAAAUGUAUCUUCUUUCUCAUUCUGCACUGGACGUUUUUUAUAUCGUAUAUUGUAAUACUUUACAAGACGAAUGUCAUGUAUAAGCUUUCGUCGUUGCCUGGCUUCCCAGCGAGUUCUUGGUAGUUCGGUUGAAUGGCGUAUCUUAUCGCGAAAUCAUAACUGGCUGAGGUUUAGCGCUUCUUCGUUUCUUUGCCCAUCGCUCUCAGUAAAUGAUUAACUUCUUCCGUUAUGCCUUUGCGAUUUUCAUCGAUUCUUUAACGAGUAAAAAAUGCAUAGCCAAAAUAACUGGUUUUUGAAGUAUUGCUCUUUGCCUUAUUGCGUCACUGCAGUCAUGGGGUAUUCAUGUGCUUUACCUAGGUACUGGCGGAGGUGACCGUUAGUGCUCAAGCCGCCGAGAAAGUUAAAGCCUCGGUACAGAAAGUGAAAGACAAAGCUCAAGCGAUCGUGGAUGAAAUUGAGGCAAGUGCCUGAUUAAGUCUGUGUCAGUCAAGGUUGUUGGCUUUAUUUGCUCAUUUUCGAUCGAAUGUCGAAAGGUUAUUAUUGAAAACAAAAUGAGUGCAACGUUUUUAAUUAGGCUGAUAAAGCUGUUGCGGAAAAGAAGCUGUCAGCAGCCAAGCCAGCUCUGCAGGAAGCUGAGUCAGCCCUACAGGUUGGUGCAAAUGGAGCGUGGUUAAUUUGUAUUCAGACUAAUUAGGGCAGAACUCCGUCAUUAUCCUCUGUUAUAUGUCUGUCCUUCGUUCCUUAAAAACGAUCUUGUCUGACUUCCUAUUCGUUAUGACCAUAUAAUUUCUUAUGAAACACCAAUAGCGGUAUCUGGGAGGUUUGGCGGAACAACUUUAAGAUGUGUCACGUGACUCAACCGGUUACAUUUUUAAUUUUACAGGACCUUAUACUCUUUAGGUUUGCCAUAAACUAAUUGAAUUUGUUCUCACUAAUUCAGCCACUAACCAUUUCUCUUCCUACGCCCUAUGCCUUACACACUCUUCAAUCCCUGUAAAGUAGAUUUUACUGGAGCUUAUUAUUCCAGUUUACUGCUACAUAGUUAUAGGGUUGGCCGAAAGUAUUGUUUGAUGCCUAUAAAAUAUAACUUUACAUCCAAUUCAAAUUUUACAUAUUGUGGGUACUUCGGUGGAAUUUUACGAUUUAGAACCCGUUUUGAAUUACAUUUUGUGGGUAUUUCGGUGUGGUAUUUUAUCACGUUUGUGGUUUUGCGCACGUUUUACUGCCUAUUCUAUAGCCUAUUGUUUUGCCUUACGACAAGUAAAAUUCCAGGAACGAACUGCAAUUCAAGCUCCUUAUCUAUGGUAACUAAUUUGUUGUCUCGCCAGACUAUCAAAGCUGCUGACAUAUCUACUGUUCGUAAACUGGCUAAACCACCUCAUUUGAUCAUGCGCAUCAUGGACUGUGUGUUACUUCUCUUCAGACGUACAGUAUCCCCAUUUAUCUAUGAUGCAGAGAGGCAGUGUCUUACACCCAGUUGGAGUGAAUCUCUUAAGGUGACACCAUUCAUAUUUACUCUCUACGAUGUGAGACAUUGUUUAGGUUUUGCAACUAUCCUCGCCAUAUAUGUUAUUAAAUCGUAACUCGGAAUGAGGUAAUCUUCUGUCUUGAAGGUCACCUAUUGACUGAAUCUGUUCAAUAUUAAAAACAUGCAGCGAUUGGAUGCUCGAUCUGGACCUGUAGCAACUUGUAAGUAAUUCGUUGAAAGAGCCUUAUGAUUGGAUUUACCUGAUUCAAAUUUCUAUGUUUGUUCCUAAUUAUGCUCUAGUAUUGAUCUAUAUUUCUUUUACAGAAAGAAAAGUGCUAAAAUCUUAAUGCAAAAAAAGAAGAUAAGAGUAAUAGUUCGCCACAGAUCGCCAUGCAAUCUUACAAGAAAAAGAUAAUUUACCUCAUGGCCGCGUCCUGGCCUGAAUAAAAGAAGUAAAUCAAAAGAAAGCUGACAUUUUGUCAUUUGGAGAUUUCUUAAAGCUGAGCUGAGAAAUUUACAGAGAGCUUGUUUUUAUUAUUAUCAUUACUAUCGUAGUUAUUAUUAUAAUUAUUAUUUUCAUUACCAUUAUUAUUUUUAUCGUUAUUAUUUUAAUGAUGAUUAAUAUUAUUAUUAUUUGACUUUUUACUUUUUACUAUGUUACAGUGAAUGAACACUAAUGCAUCAAAUUUUCGUAUAGCUUAUGAGUCAGGGAGGAUUCCUUCAAAAUUUAGUAAACUUUCCAAAAGACACAAUCAACGAGGAAGCUGUUGAAUUACUUCAACCCUACCUUUCGAUGGAAGACUACAACUUAGAAACUGCUAAAAAGGUUUGUCACUUUGGUCGUAAAGAAUGCUUUACAGAAAUGUCCAGGGCUUCCUUUUAAUACUCACUUCCCGUUCCUCUGUUUUUCUUUUAAAGGUUUGUGGCAAUGUGGCAGGAUUGUGUUCGUGGACAUGUGCGAUGGCUUUUUUCUAUGAAGUGAACAAAGAGGUUUUACCUCUGAAGGUAAGCUAUGGAGGGGCAAAAGGAGAUAUUAGAUCCUUUAUUGUUGUUAUGCAGACUGUCUUCAAUGCCUUUAUUAAUGACCCAAGGCAGUGAAAUGGUACACAAGUACUACGGUCAUUCCGCGUAAAGAAGUUCUGAAGAUGAAUGGCUUAUUAUUCCAACUAAGCUGUACGAGAAGAGAAGAAGGAAAGAGCCACAAGAAGAGAGAGGAGCCGCCUAGUUGAGUGGCUGCAUCCAAGAGAGUUGGUUUAUCUCACUAAAAGCUUUAUGGUUAUUAAAUUGCACAUGAGCAUUAACUCAGAACUGGAGUCCCUUCAUUAGGCACUGAUCGGUGACUAGAUUUAAGAGACUUGAUAUGACUCACAAUUUAGAUUCGCGCCAUCAGGAAAAACAAAAAAACAAAACUCACACAAGUUUCCUGUAUGGACAAAUAUUUGAAAGCACCACGUCACGCUGGCAAACAAAAGCAUGCCAUUGGAAGGAAAUGAAGGAAACAUUUGCAUUAAUUUUUUUAAUGGGUUAUUUCUUUAAUUGUGUCUGUUUUUUCCAGGCUAAUCUCGUCGUACAGGAGGCAAGACUCAAAGUGGCUGCCGCUGAACUGAACAGUGCACAGGCUCAAUUGGAUGAUAAGCAGCGGGAACUGGACAAAGUGCAAGCAAUGUACGAUGCCGCUGUCAGGGAGAAACAGGUGACAACGGCGUCUACUAACGUGUAUUUUAAAAUAUUCUUCUAGGUAUUUGGUUUAGAGCCUAUCGCUAUGUGGAACGACUGGAGCACAUCCCGGUUUCCUGUGUUGAAAUUAGACUAAUCUACAAUCAUGGGGCUCCGUGCAGGUCUCCAAUUUCGUCUCUGCAAGGUGCUGCUAGUCGUUUCAAUUACUGUGUGGAGAAAUUAACUGAAAAGUAAAUGUCAGAACCAGCAGAAAAAGCGAUCAAGAUGUGAUGGAAUAAUUGACAGAACACUACUCCAGAUAGAUGCUUUUAAAAGAAGUUUAUCCUUGAAAUGUCCUCUGAAAAUGGCUUUCUAUUACUACGACAGGAGUUGCUUGACGAUGCUGAAUCAUGUAAGAACAAAAUGCAAGCUGCUUCUGCGCUCAUUACAGGCUUGGGAGGUGAGAAGGUUCGGUGGACUCAACAGAGUAAAGAGUUUCAGGAUCAAAUUGGCAGGUAAGACAAUCGGGAAGCAGAUUUGUUGUAUUGAUUCUACUUCAUGACGUUUAUGAUUGGCCUAGAAAACUCACGCCACAUUCUCAAACAAUCAGUUGCAAAACUAAAAUCCAUAAGCACGUGAUCACUUAAUUUUAUUUCCCUGCGCUUGGUUUAACUGCAAAGUAAGUGCAGCUAUUUGUGAUAUUUACCGGCUUUGCUCAGAUUUUUGUAGCGAUCACUAUUUUUGGCUUCACUACACUCAAUGAAAAAUAACUCCCGAAUAUAAGGUACUUGUGUUGCUGUCAUUUGAUUUGAAGAAUUUAGAUGUAAUUUGCACAUCUUUCUUUGUCUACCACGUAAACGUUCGUAAAUAAUCUUUGACCGUGCAGAAAAAUCCUUUGAUAUUUGAUGAAUAUGUGUUAAAUAUAAGAACGUGUUGGAAUGAAUGUUUGUCGGUUUAUUUACUUCUAGGCUCGUUGGAGAUGUGUUGCUGGCCACAGGCUUCCUUUCAUACUUAGGACCGUUUAACCAAAACUUCCGUAACCUAUUGCUGAGCAGGUGGGAGAAGGAAAUGACGAAGGACAAGAUCCCCUUCUCAGAAAAUCUGAAUCUCAUCAAUAUGCUAACAGAUGCCGCUACGGUGUGUGGUGAAAUUGUUUUUUGAGUGUGUACUAAUCGAGUUCAAACGAUCUGAUACAUCGAGUUUCAAAAGUUUGUCUUCCAGCAAUACGGAUCUGCUUUGGGAUUGGUUCACCUUGCUCCCAUAUUGGUUUAAAAUAUCGCGUAUAUAACUGUACGACCAUCAGGAUAAGUACAAAGUAUGCAAGAUCAAUCACAACUUAGUCUCCUUUGUUUGUAAAUCCUUAUCGCGAUCCAUGUAUUUCGCUCUAUUUCGAUGCCUGAAAAUGAAAAUUUUUCAAGGAAGAAAAAGAACAGACAAGAACAACAAGCCAAAAAAAAAAUUCUAGAAAAAUUGACUUAAGAUGGAGGAGACUUGAUUGGAUUGAAACGACAAAUUUCAUAUGAGGCGUUGUAAUAUUCCUUGAAGAGUAAUAUUUUGAGGGUCCCUUGGCUGUAUUUGAAAUUUGUUGUUUAUGCACUCGAAGGUGGUCGAGAUUAUUUCUUUUUGGUGGAAGGGAGUCAAAUGAGAAUCGUUUUUAACCUUUGUGCGCAUCGAUUAUUAUGUUAUUUAAUGAGUUUGUAAGCCAAGCUCCUCUUUACAGAUUGGUGAGUGGAAUCUUCACGGGUUACCUAGCGACGAGCUCUCUAUUCAGAAUGGUAUCAUUGUUACCAAGGCAACGAGAUAUCCUCUUCUUAUUGACCCGCAAACACAAGGCAAGGCUUGGAUCAUGAGUAGAGAGAAAGAAAAUGAAUUGCAGGUGCGGGAAAAUUGUUAAAUUUCUCAGAGGUAGUAUAGUAUGAUAUCAGAAGUAUACUCAAAGUUCAAGACUUUUCUAAACGUUUAGCACGUGCAGAAAUUCUGGUACUCAAGAAAUUAAUUCCGUGGAGGAGCUUAAAAGAACACGAUAACAAUUUUAAUGAUCAUGUGUAAUUAUCUGUCUGGGUUAUACACCCAACAAAGGCAAGUUCGAGAAUGGACAUGAAGUGGAAUUUUUUACGCUUAAGGCUCAUUAUAUUGAUUUAUGCAGUCUGAAGCUGCUUUUCAAGAUUUUCUUCUGACUAAAAAUGAGAUUAAAAUUUCCACUACAAAGUAUUCAUAUUGCCAUUAAAGCUGCCAGUUUACCCAACAGUGUCACUCUCGUGGAAUGUUUCUCUAACUGACAAGGGUAUUAGAUCUUAAUCGUAUUCUCAAAGGGUUUUUAAUCUGCUUUUACUAGGUGACAUCUCUCAACCACAAGUACUUCCGAAAUCACCUAGAAGACUCUUUGUCUCUUGGGAGGCCCCUUCUCAUUGAGGACGUCGGAGAGGAGUUGGACCCUGCUUUGGAUAAUGUGCUCGAGAAGAACUUUAUCAAGUCUGGUUCUACGUAUAAGGUUCGAAAACUUUUUUGAGUAGAGAAAAUCAUCCGAACUGGUAAGGAAAACCCAGCAAGAUGAGAUAUGUUUUAGCUAAAUUAAGACGACUUUGAUAACCUUAGUUACAAGUACCGCGGAGUAAUAAUUGCGAUGAACGUGUUUAAGAUAAAUACGUUCACUGUGGAAAAUUUUAUGGCUUACCUUAUAUACCAAGAAGCAACGUCUUUGUUUGAGUCAAGCGUGGACCGGUUCUCAAAACGCUUCAGAGCAUUCAAAUGUGUAAAAGACAAGUAACGGUCAGUAAAUGGUCAGUUUAUGUAUGACGACACAAUCUUAUACAAUUUAAAGCACGCGCAAAGAAAAAGAGCGCGCGCUACUUCUGCGAGGCAGCCCACGCCAUAAGCGGGGAGCAAUUUCCGCAUUUUCGAACUUGGAAAUAUGAGAACUGUGGUUUCUUGGCUCUUUUUCUACAACACGAUCACUGUUAGUUGUAAGGCUUCUUUGGUCGAGUCUUGCUUGCGCAGCACGAUAAAACUUUUUAAUGUAACAAACUCGUUGGUAAAUAUCUUUUCGUUUCCAUUUCCUAGGUCAAAGUGGGGGAUAAAGAAUGUGAUGUCAUGAGCGGUUUCAGAAUGUACAUCACGACAAAACUGGGAAACCCGUCAUACACUCCUGAGGUACGUACAGAUUAAACCAGUAAACAACCAGUCUUAUACCUCCGUCACAGCCAGUUGAUUCGCGAAGCCAAAUUCAAUUGUUUGAACGUGCUUUGUAAUGUUAGUCUAUACCUUAAUGACCCGAUUGUGCGCAUUGUAAAGUCUGCCAACUCUUGUGCGUUUUUUCAGGUUAUUAAAACCUGCAAACUUCACAUUUCGACGAACGCACGCUGGCGCCUGAACCAACUGUAAAUUCGUUAUUUUAAGCUUGGAAUAGGACUCUUGUCUCUCUCUUUUAGGUCAGUGCACGAACAGCCAUUAUUGACUUCACAGUGACAAUGAAAGGCUUGGAAGAACAGCUUCUCGGCAGAGUUAUCAACACAGAAAAAGAGGUAAACCGCGCGACGUAUGGCUUAAUACCACCAUUGAGCAUGUCAUUUUUACGUUUCAGGUUCUUUUGUAGUCUUCUCUAAUCUCUUCAGCCUGUUUUCCAAUUUUCUUUUGAAUCUAGGAACUGGAAGCAGAGCGAGUGAAACUGAUGGAGGACGUUACGUCAAACAAAAGAAAAAUGAAGGAGCUUGAGGAUAACUUGUUGUUCAGACUGACAAGUACUCAGGUCAGUUGGUUUCCUGUGUAAUUUUGCGUUAUAAAAGAAUUUAUUCGGAAUCACUUACGCUCUUCUGCCACUUUGCAAACAAAAGUACUUCGAACUGCUGAAGACUGCUUAACAAAUCAUUUUGUUAAAGUGUUUGGUGUUAUUAACUCGUUACUCCUAAUCAACAGAAUUCUUUUUAAUUGUCAUUUCCCAACCCAUUUACCUGUGGAAUGAUCUGUCUCAAAUCGUGAUAUUUCUGGGAUUUCCUCAGUUUCGGUCAUGAUUAUAUAGUUUUCUGUGGUUUUUCGAGGGUCUUUAUAUCUUAUAUUAGCAACGGGUCCUUUAGGAGGGAAAAUUGAAAAUUAGUAGCAACUUGAAUUUUAGUAGUGGAGUGUGCGCAAAGUGGUUCCUCUCUCAUUGUUUCCAAGGGGAUUUGUAAUUUAGACUGUUACCUUUGGUGAAUAUAGGAAACUACUGUAGGAGACCCUGAGAGAAAACGCCGGGGAAAGGAUUAGAAUCGAGAACAAUAUUGACCAAUACGCACUGGACGCAAGGGUCCAGAAUUGAAUACAAGCCACAGUUACAGACGGCAAGCGCUCUCAGUACCGCAACGUCCCUGCCCUUCUCCCCAUCUCCUCCCACCGAGAGCCAUAACGACCCUGUCGAGUAUGUAAUGCGGUGAUAUGGAGAGAAAGGUGCUCCUGUCUAUUACAUUUAAAAAUUAUUUGAUCUGGCAGUUUUUUUUCCCAUAGGGCUCGUUAGUUGAGGACGAAUCUCUGGUAGCUGUACUGAAGACCACCAAAGAGACAGCAGAGGAAGUGAGUGAGAAGCUUGCUGUGGCUGCUGAGACAGAAGUCAAGAUCAACUUAGCUCGUGAGGAGUUUCGUCCUGUAGCUACGCGCGGCUCCAUUCUAUACUUUUUGAUUGUUGAGAUGAGUAUGGUGAAUGUUAUGUACCAGACUUCGCUGAAACAGUUCUUGGGAAUCUUUGAUUUGUCCAUGGCAAGGUUAGUGAUGUGAUUACUCGUAAGAUUAAGGGCACUGUAAUUCUCAACUUCAAUCAGGUUAAUCUUUGUGUUCGUCUUUCGCCCAGAUAAACAGUGGUCUCUGAAUGCUAAAAUCAUCAGAAGACUUACUGACACAGCCAACUUAAGGAGGAGCGACAGAGACACGUGUUUCGUUUUAGAUUUCAGUGAAAAAGAGGAAAUUCAUGUAAAAAGAUUCAUGUUAAAGAAAUAAUUUGGAAUUUUGAAAUAAUAAGGUUAUGGUGAUGUGUUUAUUAAACAGAGAGGGAGGUCAUAGUUGAACAAAGACAAGACUGACGUUUUUUUUCUUUCCAAUCACCGAUAGGUCCGAAAAGUCACCGAUCCCAGCUAAAAGAAUUCAGAACAUCAUCGAGUUUCUGACGUAUGAGGUGUUCAAGUAUUCAUGUCGUGGCCUAUUCGAGAACCACAAGUUUUUGUUCACCUUGCUUCUGGCCCUCAAGAUUGAUAUUCAAGGCGGAAAGGUUAAGGUGCUGGAAUUCCAGACUUUUAUAAAAGGUAAGCGUGUAGAAGAACAAAUGAAGGAGGAAGUUAGAGACAAGAGGGCUAGACAGAAUUAUGGUUCUUGUAUUGCCAAAUGUCAGAUACUCACCUUUUCGUUAUUAUUAUAUUAUUAUUAUCAUUAUUAUUAUCAUUAUUAUUAUCAUUAUUAUUAUUAUUAUUAUUAUUAUUAUAACACCUUGUAUUAAUUCUGUCCAGUAGUUUUUAGUUGAACUUCUCAAGCUAUCAAUUUAUUGAGUUGAAAAUCGAUGUAAGGACUGAGAGUACGAUAACCUACUUAGAACCUAAGAGUUGUACAAGUUACUUGUGAGCGUUGCCAAACAUAUAAACGUUAAGUAAAUGAGAUUUAACUGUUGCAAAGCUCGAAUGAAAAUGCAUCCAGUCACGGGAAAGCAAGUAUGUAACUCGUUGCGCGGGAAAACGUAUUAAACUAAGCAAGAGCGGUAAGAAAAAGGCCUAAAAGCCAGUUCAUGACGUCACGAGUUCAUUGAUGUGUUCUAUGUGAUUGGUUGAGGUAGGAAACAGCUUCCCUGUGGUUGUUGAGACUACAAUGCAGCAAAAAUGUUAAACACAACUAAAAUAAGGUUAAGCGCUAGAGUGGGUGAUAACCUGUGAUUGUUCUGGUUAAGGUGGCGCGGCCCUUGAUCUUAAGGCUGUACAACCCAAACCCAGCAAAUGGAUCAUGGACAUGACGUGGUUGAACUUAGUUGAGCUCAGCAAGUUACCUCAGUUUUCAGGCGUGUUAGACCAGGUGUGUUAGACAGCUAAACAAAAUAGGUAGGAGAUGAAGGUAAAGGUAGCCAAGGAGAAGAAGACUGCAGAUUAUUAACGUGACUCUUACGAAGAUAGAAAACGACUGUUCCUAUUGAAGCAGAAUAAAUGUCUUAGAGACUUUCGACAACUUUUGAAUGGCUAUAGUAUGAAAACAGGGUUAAAAAUGGCAACAAAGAAAGUCUCUUUAGGCCGCAUUUUGAAAUGAGUUCAUCAUGUUGUCGUUAUCUGAAGGAAAUAGUUUAUUCGUCCUUAAAUUUGACCAUUUAAAUUUGAUCAGUUGAGAUGGAUAUUCCUUUUAAGGAUUUUUAAGAAAUGUAGAUUCUUUUAUACCAUUAUUGUUAAAAGCCCCCGCUAUUAAAGACUGAUAAGGAAUGCACAACAUCUUUAAGGUUCUUCGUAACGAUUCCGGCUGGAAGCAGUGGUUCGAUAAAGACGCACCUGAAGAGAGCACCAUUCCUGAUGGCUACGAUAGUUCCUUGGAUACCUUCAGGAAACUGUUACUAGUCAGGUAAGAAGGGGUGUUAUUCAUUCUAAUUUAUCUAAUUUAUUGUGGAAAAUGACCGUGUAUGCUCAAUGCUAAUCCAAGAUAAUGGUCCUAUGCAGGUCAUGGUGUCCAGAUCGAACGCUGCACCAGGCCCGCAAGUACAUAGCUGACACCAUGGGUGAAAGGUACGCUGAAGGCGUCAUUCUCAACUUGGAAGCCACAUGGGAAGAGAGUGAUCCCCAAACGCCACUCAUCUGCUUCCUCUCCAUGGGCUCAGACCCUACAGGUGCCAUUGAGAACCUGGCGAAACGCAAGGGAAUCGGUACGUAACAAGUCUGUUGUUGUAUUGUCAAGUUCAUUGGAACUCAAGGGUAGCAGUUAGCGUUAGAGAUGAAUUUUUGUGGAAUGGUUUCAUGGUUGUAUUUGUAGAGUGUCGUGCAGUCUCCAUGGGCCAAGGGCAAGAAGUUCACGCCCGAAGACUUCUCCAGCAGUCUAUGGCUGGGGUAUGUUAUGCUCUUCCAUCUAUGUAAAAUAUUUUUUUGUGCCCUUUUUCGUUGUCGUGGCUUGAAAUAUAGACACACAGCUCAAUUUACCGAGAAAAUUCAAAAUAUUUCGGGUAAUAGAAUUGGCGUUAACCAUCCUUCUUCCCAUUUAGAUUUACCGCUUUUCUGCGAUUGAAAUGAUGAAGUUUCGUUGUUAGUCUCUGAAAGUGUCUUUUAUAAUUUCCAGGUUAUGGUAGCCUAAUGUUUAUAGUUGGAACCAAAUUUUGUAACUUUUGUAAAAAGGUGUUUCAACAGCUUGGUUGUGCUCUACCUCCCCAAAUGGUACACCUUUAGAAAUUAUAAAAGUCUUCUUUUAAAACUGUAGGGAGGCUGGGUCCUCUUACAGAACUGCCACCUCGGAUUGAACUUCAUGGAUGAGCUUCUGGAGACUGUGACUACUUCAGAGUCUUCCCACGAGGGCUUUAGAGUCUGGAUCACAACAGAGGCACACAACCAGUUUCCCAUCAGUCUUCUGCAGGUAAGGCUGUGGUUUAUACCUUCCAGUGUGAAUAAUGAAAAGUUUUUCCUGUCUUCUAUUUCCUGAAACUUUUUUUUUGUACUUGUUCUUGAAAAUUUCGCCUUCGUGUGUAAAACGGAGGAUGAAUCCCCGACUUAGGAGACAUCUGGAGAUGUGCGAAUAGGGCCGGAAUUGUUGUUGAGGGCUCCAAGAUACUCAAGAGAUAAGAAGCAUUGCUGUCGCGAAGGACUUGAUCUCUUCUUAAAUAACUAGCUUUAUGUUUUGUUCUAAACGCUUAGCUGUUACAAAACACAUUACAUGUUAAAGAAUUUUCCCAUUUGUUCACAAACCCAAAGAAUCAUUUAUGAAUAUAACUUAAGUACGGCUGUUUCUCUCGUAGUCUUCAAUCAAAUUUACAAAUGAGCCGCCACAAGGUGUGAAACCAGGACUGAAGAGAACUUACGCUGGCAUUACUCAAGAUCAGUUGGAUGUCACUAACAUGCCUCAGUGGAAGCCAACUCUGUAUGCUGUUGCUUUCUUGCAUACUGUCGUUCAGGUCAGGAGAGAUGUACUCUACUCAACUCCUUACCGGAAACGUUUUGCACCGGUGCAGUGCACAUUGAACGUAUUGUUGUUAGUUUAAAAAACUACAUCUACCCUUUCACGAGUGUCUCAUUGCUGUCACGGAUAUGGGUUGGCUCAUUCAUCCCAGCUAUUGAGGUCGACACAAAUGCUGUCGGAGUUUGCACGUUCAUUAUUUCUUUUACUGCUCUCCUGCUGUCAAAGCCUCCAAAAGCUGCGGCUGUUUUUCUCUGCCUUAAAGGGGAUAUUUUGAAUAUACGGCUUCUUAGUUCGUUAUUGGUUUGAAGUACUUUUUCAACAUAUUUUGUCAGUAACGUAUUCCAUUUCAACAGGAAAGGCGUAAGUUUGGUCCUUUGGGCUGGAAUAUCCCUUACGAGUUCAAUCAGGCCGAUUUUGCCGCGAGUGUGCAGUUUGUCCAAAACCACUUGGAUGAUAUCGAUCCCAAAAAGGUACUCAGCUCGCGAUUUAAACUUACAAUCUCCUUUUCGUUAUUUUAACGUCACCUUAACUGUAAGUCCUUUCUCAUUUGUACAGGGCGUGUCUUGGAAUACAGUGAGGUACAUGCUGGGAGAAGUGCAGUACGGAGGAAGGGUCACGGAUGAUUAUGACAAGCGCCUGUUGAACACAUUUGCUAAGGUAAUAGCAUUGUCGAGAAUUCCUUUUUUCCUCAAACCACUUCGUGUCAGUGACCUUCGUUAAUUUCGUUUUUGUGUCCUGUGGUUUUCGAUUCUUACAACUAUUCGACGAUAAAACAGUUCAAUAUGCGGCUAAACGGAAUUAAAUGAUCGACAAAGAACCCCACACAUGUGCAAAUGUAUAAGCAUGGCCCGUCAACCUUAGGACUCAAUUGUCGCCAACAUUUUUCAGGGUAAGAAAAAGUCUUUAUUCGAGACUCCCAUAGCUUUCCUGACACACGACAUCAUUACCUUUCGAUCUGCAAUCAAGGGUGUUAAUCUGUGAACCACAACGUCCUUCUUGUACUAAGGAACCGCGACAUAUGUCAUUGCAUUAACGUCGUGGUUUUGUUUCAGGUGUGGUUUGGAGAGCACAUGUUCACUGAAGACUUCUGUUUCUACACUGGUUACAAGAUCCCUAAGUGCCGUAGUUUGGAGAAUUUCUUCGAGGCCAUUCAAGCUCUCCCAUCUGUGGACACGCCUCAAGUGUUUGGCUUGCACCCAAAUGCAGACAUCACGUAAGUUAAUCUUCUUUUCAUUUUCACAAACAAACCACGAUUCACAAAUCAACAUGAUACAUUCCGAUUGCUAUCUCUCAGUAUUUUUAUUUGGGGAAUUAAUCUCUUUCAUCCGUUAAACGGAACGGCUGACGGAUGGCAAACUAGGAAACUUAAUAGGCAUAUAGAGUGUAGACAGGAAAUGUGUUUGGCUUAUUUCCUCUCGGCAGUUUAUCUUUACCAGACUCGAAAUAAUUUCCUGUCAGGUUGUCUCGUCAAACCUAUUUUUUAUCGGACACAAUCCAGUUUUUGCGAGAGAAAUAUCCAUCACGUAAUGAAUAUCUCAAUAAAUCUUCCUCCCCCCCUCCUACUUAAUAAAAUUAACCUAUUCACUCCUCUUCUUGCAGAAGGAGCCUUGAACUCAAUGCAGGAAAAGCGAUACAGCCGUAACGUUCGGCAAAAUCAAUGUUAAUUUGUUGUUUCAGAUUUAUGCAUACAGUUAAACAUCAUUACCUGCUAUAGUUAGCAAGCUGAUAAACUAUUCAAUUUGGGACACAAGAGUCCGAUUUUGGACACUAGUGUCCAAUUUUGAACACUAGCGUCUGAUCUUGGACACUAAUGUCCGAUUUUUGACGCUGGCGUCUGAUUUUGGAGACUAGUGUCAGAAAACCUAUAUUUGACAGGACAUUGCCUAUUGAGCUGCCGUAAUUUCGAGGUCUGCUUUAGGAUGUCCUUUCACUUACCCGUAGUUUUAUCCCCUCGUAAUCCACAGCAUCCGCGCUAACAUUCCUCACCCUCAUUCGCCACUUCUAUUCACUCCUUUGCAACAAAGAACUGCUACCGUCGUAUUUCCUGCGACUUGGUCUCAUUUCUUAGUUUAUUUCUUCAACAAAUUUUCUAAUAUCAGUUGUUUUGUUAUCUCUUUUCUUGCCUUUCAGAUAUCAGAGCAAUACAGCUAAAGAGGUUCUGGACACCAUCAUGAGCAUCCAACCUAAAGACUCAGGGGGAGGAUCUGGGGAGACUCGUGAGAGUGUAGUCACCAGACAAGCAGAUGACAUGCUGGAUAAACUUCCGAAUGAUUACGUACCACACGAGGUAAGAAAGAUGUUUGUAUCGUAGUGAAAGUUUGAGUUAUUUUCCAUGAGAUGCGAGAGAAACGCUUUGACAUUCUUCGUCUGUGUGCAGGUGAGAGCGCGACUGCAGAAAAUGGGAGCUCUUGCUUCCAUGAACAUCUUUUUGAGACAAGAGAUCGACCGUAUGCAGCGAGUGAUCACUUUGGUACGGCAGACCUUGACUGACUUAAAGCUGGCUAUAGAAGGAACGAUUAUAAUGAGCGAGGUAUUUAGGAAUCUUUUAACGUUAAACGAAGCUCUUUUUUUAAGUGGCUGCCCAAUUUGCCAGUGAACAGCACAAUUGUGCAAUCAUCAUUCAAAGGAAAAAAUUGAUUGACGAUAUGUGCUAGUGAGAAAACGUUUUUUUAAAGAAUGCGAAUACUCCAUUAGUUUAAAUAGAAAUUAUAGGGAUGAUCAGUUUAAAAUUACGAUGAAAUCGCUCAGUGAUGUCGCUGUUAAUUUUUGUUUCUAAACUUGAGCUUUAUGUUCGUUAUUUUUUCCAGAGACAAGUAAACAAAAGAAAAAGAAAAGCAAAACAUAAACUAAAUCAAAUUGAACUCAAGGGAAAGCUUAUAAAACCAAGUUCGGAUGUCAAAAUGUGCUUGAAACUAAUUUUAUAUCCUUGAUAAUAGAAUCUACGAGACGCACUGGACAACAUGUACGAUGCUAGAAUUCCUGCGCUGUGGAGAAAGGUGGGGCGUUUUUUGUUUUUAAGAAUGAUAAAGAAGAUAGUAGACAAAGUCUGACUGAACUAUUUUCGUGAAUGCGGUGUCAUUGUACGGCAGGUUCAUUCUCAAGAAUAAUCAAUUCUGUGAUAGCGGACACAAUUUGCCUUUUUUUUUCCCUUCAGAUCUCGUGGGAGUCAUCGACCCUGGGUUUCUGGUUCACAGAGUUUCUGGAGAGGAACAACCAAUUCUCCACAUGGAUUUUCAAUGGCCGACCCAGUGUGUUCUGGAUGACUGGUUUCUUCAAUCCUCAGGGCUUUCUCACAGCAAUGAGACAGGAAGUCACGCGUGCGCACAAGGGUUGGGCCUUGGACUCUGUAGUAUUGCACAAUGAUGUCAUCAGGGCAAUGAAGGAAGACAUAAAUUCCCCUCCAUCGGUGGGUUUCGGUAGUAUUUAUUUAUUGGUAAUAACAUACAAUUCCUGGGGGUACUUUUCCCCCGAUCCCUUAUGACUGCCAUGUUGGAUUGCUAACGUAGAUAGUGGCUCUAAGGUGUCCAAUGUCGUUUAUAGUUCAAGGGAAUGAUACAUUUACGCUGACUAGCGCUCAAACUUUUACAUUCACAAACCUUUAAUAUGCGCCCCUUCAGAUAAGCAUCAUAGACCUAUGUCUUUUAACAAUACUUUCAUGUUACUAUCAUAACAGGAAGGUGUGUACAUAUAUGGCUUGUACCUGGAUGGUGCCGGCUGGGACCGCCGUGGCUGUAAACUAAUUGAACCUCAGCCCAAAGUUCUCUUCACCCUUCUCCCUGUGGUACACGUGUAUGCUGUGAACUCCACAGCACCCAAGGAUUCCCGUCUGUACCAGUGCCCCGUAUACAAGAAACCGCAGAGGACUGAUUUGACUUACAUCACCCCGCUGUGGCUCAAGACUGUGCUGAGUCCCGAUCAUUGGAUUCUUAGAGGGGUCGCUCUUUUGUGCGACAUUAAGUGA